AUGCGACUCCCAAACGUCUCAGUGCGUACGUAUUUCCCGGGUCAAGGGUUCCCAUACCUCGAGCUAUGCACGAGCAACUCGGCGUCGGAACAGUGGUGUGGACACAAAAGAAUAACCCAUCAUUUCACGAGCGCAUUUGAUCGGCUGUACUGGGGUGUUUUCGAUGAGCUUUUUAGUGUUCAGACUGACGCAUUCGAUCAUGACGUUGAUUUGAGCUCCUUCUAUUACUUUGCUUCAAUGCAAAGUUAUGGAAAGUGCCCUGAGGAAACCUUGCAUACUGCAAAACUAUUUCAACAGGCGCGGAGUAGAAGACGGUUUGAUCCAACAGUUUAUCGACAUGGAUCUCUGCUUCUUCGCAGACCGCAUUUUUCGUAUAAUGUUUCGAAGAUUGCGCCACGGUCAACGGAAUAUGCAUUCAAUUUUGCUGGCCAAGGUCUCAGUGCGUUGGAUGAAACCUCGAUCGAUAAUUCAGAUGCCUAUCACAUUCGAAUACAAUGCUAUUCAAAAUCAAUUCCGAUGAAAGUAAGAUUGAUUGAUAAAUUUGCGGAGUCGUCGAUAUCAUCUUCACUGACCUACAUAGUACACUUCAGUACGUUUCUCAAAAGCUCCAAGUUGCUCUUUCGAAAGAUUCAACCUUUCUACCAUAGUAUCGGGCACUCGCAAGGCUGGAUCUCACAGGAAGUUUCUUCAAAUAUUUUUUCGACUGGUGCAAAGUUCACUUACUCUUGGAUGCACUGGGCGUAUCCUAUAUUAAUUGCAAAGUUUCUUCUAUGGUUAUCCAUUCGGGCAAAGUCCACGGUCAGGCAUAUGACUGUAUUUUGUGACAACGAUUUGAGAAAUCAGUCACUUUGCAAUCGCGUGCACAUGUUCGCGUUUCGUGGAUGGACUCGUGCAAAAGUGGCUGAAUUCGUGGAACGACUGAAUACACAGCUUUAUCCAGCUGAGCGCAUAAGACUCCUUCUCGAGAAUGAUAAUGAUAGUUUCAUACUGGGAGGGUCAACAACUGGUAUUUCGAUAUUUUUUCUCGUCGCCGAGGCUGAAGCAGAGAGACAAACUGACUUGAUUGAUACGAAAACCAAAAUCAAUAAACUGUGCCCAAUACUUGUUACCCUCCCAUUUCAUUAUGGUAAAAUGCUAGUCGCUUCCAAGUUUGCAUUAAUGCGAGACUUUCAACAGAGGACGGAUUUUUUCAACUGUUCGGGAACUCCAUACCAACUCGUAAAAAGUGAUUCACGAGAUGUUACUAACAUGCAUGAUACUUUCGAUGGUACGAUACUGUACCCGUGUGCUCGGCUUGCCGAACAAAGAUAUCGAAGCGAUAUAGACCUCGCACCAACUGUUGAAGAUAACAAUAUUGCAAAAGAGCAGGUCACGUCUCUUUGUGACGUGCUUCUGUUUGGAAUGCCAUCGUCACAUCGACUGUCUUCGAAUCAAAAUAACCAGACAUGCGCUUUCUCCGGCAAACAUCCCAAAAAGUGUGUUGAGAAGCACGAUAAAUGGCUUGUUCUACAGGCUUUGCAAAGCUGCGCACAUUCACUUUCUCCACUUGAAUGUGUGUAUGAGCCGAUUAUACAUUCACUGGGACUUUCUUCAGCACAGACAGUAGUGAUAAUCGCUGAAAUGAGUGAGUAUUUCCAGAUUGACUUACCGACAACAUUUCUGUAUGACUAUCCUACGGUCAAUGACAUCACAGCGUUUAUUACGAACACGGAUCAGUCAACAUAUAGACAGUCUACGGAGACGACACAGAACGCGACAGUUGAACACGAAUUGCGUCAACACUCUGAGAAUCAUCUAUUUUUGUUAGCUACGCGAACACACGUGCUGGUUUCUACUCAAUUGACACAGCUUCUCGAAACAGAUCAUUAUUAUCACUUUGAUGAAAACUUGUCGUGCGCGAUGUGGAAACUGAGAAACGUGUCGAACUUUGAUUGGCAAGGUUUCCGAAUUGGAAAAGCAGAAGCGAUCAGCAUGGACCCACAGCAGCGUCUGCUACUACACUGCGUGAGCUCGCUAUGUCUACCGAAAUACACAAUAUCUCACACUUCUGUGUUUAUUGGAAUCGCUUGGAUGGAGUAUGGUGAGGUCAUGCGCACAACCACAAGUGUCCCCGCAAGUGCACUAGAUGCUACAUCACAAGCGUUGAGUGUCGCUUCUGGACGGAUAUGCUUCACAUUCGAUCUCACAGGACCGGCGAUGAGUAUCGACACUGCCUGCUCCUCGUCCCUUGUGGCAGUCCAUCUCGGUGUGGCAUCUGUAUUUCAGAGUGAGUGCGACUCAACUGUAACGGGUGGCGUGAACCUCAUCCUCACCGAGACUACGACGGCCAUGUUUCUACGCGCUGGUAUGCUAGCGCCUGAUGGCCGCUGCAAGACGCUCGAUGCGGCCGCGGAUGGUUACGUGCGAGCCGAAAGCUGUGAUACAUUAUUACUGAGUCCAACCGCGAAUGUCAAUAGCGAGAGCGUGUGGCUGUGUGGGACCGCAGUAAAUCAAGACGGUCGAACGAGCUCGUUGACGGCGCCAAAUGGACCAUCGCAGACCAGAGUCAUCAAAUCAGCCCUGGCAAACGCUUCGACUCGGCCAUUAGAAGUGCGGGCCCUUGAAAUGCAUGGAACUGGGACGCCACUUGGUGACCCCAUAGAAGUAGGAGGCGCGAUGUCUGUUUUGGGUCAGGCAGAAACUUUACGAUUGCAUGCAAUCAAAACGAACAUGGGGCACGCUGAAUGUGCUGCCGGUAUGGCGGGGCUCAUAAGUGCAUCACGUGCCGUAGAAAUGCAAAGACACACUGGCAUAAUGCACAUGCGCUUACUCAACGUACAUGCGUGGCACGCAAUGUCAAUAAAUCCCUCUCAAGAGCCAAACGUUGCUGUGCCGCGAUCUGCUUCUGCUUCGUGCCAGCAUGUGCAUAAAGCAAAUGCGAAGACGGGAACGAGCUCGUUUGCAUUUCAAGGUACAAACGCUCACGCGAUAUUAUCGGCGACAGCACGAAAUUCUGGCUGUUCUUGCAAUAGUGUCGCAUCCAAGCUAUUCUCCUGCAAUCAGUGCUGGUUUGCAUCUCCAGUGCACAGCUCGGGUGCGUCGAUAAAAGUGUGCCACAAUUCGAUUGUUUCGCGCCUCCAUCAGCCGACACCAGUGCUGUCGGACCAUUGCAUCCAUGGAAAACCGUUAUUUCCAGCGGCUGGGUACAUAGAUUACAUGGCUCAAGCGUGCGGUACAUUUGAUUUACACACUGCAAUGGUUCAAGAUCUUGCGAUUGUGAGGCCAUUACUUUUGCAGUACCACCAACGUAUAGAAGUUUCUGUCCGCGCCAUAACCGGUGCGAUCAAAGUGGAAACUUCACAAGGUGAGCAUUGUCGUGCAAGGAUAAAGCAUGCAUCCAAGAAGUGCGAUAGACACAACACACUUUAUGUUUUCUCUUCGCAGACAUUGAGCCCGAUCUUCGACAGUGGGCGUCGGUUGAACAUUGCACUCGCUCAUGUUGAGACUGCAUCAACAAACUUCACAUCAGGCCAUGUGCCCUCAAUUAUUGACGCGACUCUGCAGAUCAGUGUGGGAGUCAUAGAUGGACAGAAAGUAUCAAAGUGUGUGACGAUGCUGCCGACCAUAAUAAAGUUUUGUAGCACAUCUCCUCCUGAGAUCACGUCAGUGCGGCGCAUAAGUACGCGCUGUAACAUUGAAUUGGACAGCCAUGGUGAGAGUCUUGGCAAUCAUCUGGUUGGCUGCGUGGUGUUAUUCAAAGUGAAAUGCAAAAUGCUACGCACAAAGGCAAAUGGGUAUCCACAUAAAAAUAAUUUGAGCAAUGGAAUCAAUAUUGUCAAGUACGUGUCAAGAUUUUCACCAAGCACAAGCUUAAGACCUUGUACCACUCAAGCACACGCGCGAUUUAUAUCACUGAUGCGUGAAAAAAUAGUCGCUCAUGCGGUGAUGGUAUUGCACGCCUAUGUGCUGCAAAUGGAAGGUCGAGUUGAGCUAUGUGAGACGAAUUCCAUCAAGUAUCUUGCAUCACUGUUCCGAUGCGCUGAGACUGAAUGCAUCAAAGAAAAUGUUUCCCUAGUUGUACGGGGUGAAGAUGCGCCGUUUCAACACUCUAGCAUCCUACUACAGGCUUUUACGCAAUACAAAAGUCUGAGAAAAUUUCAUGUAUUGCACCGGUGCCUGAAAGAAUCUCUUGCUCAACAGUUGGCGUGCUCUAAUCGCAAAAUACAUAAGAUCAAGCUCGAUCGUAACAAAAGUGAAUUCAUAGCCUCCUGCGAUCUUAAUCGGUCUUACUUCAUCAUGGGAGGAACAGGAGCUACAGGGCAACUCACUAGUACUUUCCUAAUGAGGUACAGCUCACCACAUACACUAAUGAGUCGCUUUGGACGAACAAACUGUAUGCUAAGACAGCAUCAGUACAGUGACAGCGUUGUGUCGUUUGUACAAUCCUACGUACACACUAAUAUACAGAUAAAUCGAUACGCUGUGGAUUCAUUAUGCUUUAUUCAUGCGGCAGGUUGUACAUCGGAUGCCUUGCUUCUGCGACAAACGCCAGCACGCAUUCGUGAAGUCUUUGCUCCUAAAGUUCUCACCAUUGACGCUGAUCUAUACUCAAGCAAACCGCUUUUAAGCGCCAUUUUCUUUUCUUCCAUAACGGCACGAAUAGGUUCACCAGGACAGGCAAAUUAUUCAUGCGCAAAUUCUGCCUUGGAUACUCUCGCUCAAUUUGAGCACACAGCUGGUCGCCCUGUGUGCAGCGUUCAAUGGGGCGCCUGGGGGAAGGUCGGAAUGGCGAUCCGUAAUAAGUACAUAGAACGAAAUAUGUCGCGUCUAGGAGUUGGCUUCAUGGACCCAAAGACUGCCCUCGCUGCGCUGAAAAGUACCAUGCGCAGAAUAGAAAAUGCACCUCUAUCAUGUGGCGCAGUGCUCGUCGUAUGCCAGAACGCAUUCACCAGUGACUCGACGAAGGCUGAUUGGCUACUUGAGAAACAUACGACCGGCUUGCAAAGUGUGCACACUCGGAAAAUUGCUGAUAAACAAACAACGCUAGAGCGUCAGAAAAAGUUUACUACGUCAGGCGUGCGGUGUCACACCACCCAGGACUGUCUGAGUUUACUUCAUAAGAUGGUUUGCACAUUGAUUGGUUUCGAUGUUGACCCUGAUAUCCCCCUCCACGACGCCGGCUUGGAUUCUUUAUCUGCGAUUGAGUUAGCCAGUAAAAUAUCGACACACUUCGACAGGCAAGUAGCACCAUCUUUGGUAUUUGACUUCCCCACCAUUUCAAAAUUGUGCACAUAUUUAAUGCAAAAUGUUGAACACAGCUGUGACGAAGCGCACGGGAUAGAAGCACUGUGUCGUUCACCACAAAACGCACCAUUUGUGCAACCCAACCUUCAGUGUGUGCUUGCUGUGUCAUCUGGAACUUCACAUGGGGCAGCGGGCGUCGCAAACUGCGACAGUAUUGCCCUCAUGCCAACAGCACGGCGCAUUUUGUCGGAUGAACUUGGAGAAAGCGACCCACGUUUAAAAGUGGGCUGCUUCGUUGAAAGCAUCGUGAUGUUCGACUGGCAAGGUUUCCGAAUUGGAAAAGCAGAGGCGAUCAGCAUGGACCCACAGCAGCGUCUGCUACUACACUGCGUGAGCUCGCUAUGUCUACCGAAAUACACAAUAUCUCACACUUCUGUGUUUAUUGGAAUCGCUUGGAUGGAGUAUGGUGAGGUCAUGCGCACAACCACAAGUGUCCCCGCAAGUGCACUAGAUGCUACAUCACAAGCGUUGAGUGUCGCUUCUGGACGGAUAUGCUUCACAUUCGAUCUCACAGGAUCGGCGAUGAGUAUCGACACUGCCUGCUCCUCGUCCCUUGUGGCAGUCCAUCUCGGUGUGGCAUCUGUAUUUCAGAGUGAGUGCGACUCAACUGUAACGGGUGGCGUGAACCUCAUCCUCACCGAGACUACGACGGCCAUGUUUCUACGCGCUGGUAUGCUAGCGCCUGAUGGCCGCUGCAAGACGCUCGAUGCGGCCGCGGAUGGUUACGUGCGAGCCGAAAGCUGUGAUACAUUAUUACUGAGUCCAACCGCGAAUGUCAAUAGCGAGAGCGUGUGGCUGUGUGGGACCGCAGUAAAUCAAGACGGUCGAACGAGCUCGUUGACGGCGCCAAAUGGACCAUCGCAGACCAGAGUCAUCAAAUCAGCCCUGGCAAACGCUUCGACUCGGCCAUUAGAAGUGCGGGCCCUUGAAAUGCAUGGAACUGGGACGCCACUUGGUGACCCCAUAGAAGUAGGAGGCGCGAUGUCUGUUUUGGGUCAGGCAGAAACUUUACGAUUGCAUGCAAUCAAAACGAACAUGGGGCACGCUGAAUGUGCUGCCGGUAUGGCGGGGCUCAUAAGUGCAUCACGUGCCGUAGAAAUGCAAAGACACACUGGCAUAAUGCACAUGCGCUUACUCAACGUACAUGCGUGGCACGCAAUGUCAAUAAAUCCCUCUCAAGAGCCAAACGUUGCUGUGCCGCGAUCUGCUUCUGCUUCGUGCCAGCAUGUGCAUAAAGCAAAUGCGAAGACGGGAACGAGCUCGUUUGCAUUUCAAGGUACAAACGCUCACGCGAUAUUAUCGGCGACAGCACGAAAUUCUGGCUGUUCUUGCAAUAGUGUCGCAUCCAAGCUAUUCUCCUGCAAUCAGUGCUGGUUUGCAUCUCCAGUGCACAGCUCGGGUGCGUCGAUAAAAGUGUGCCACAAUUCGAUUGUUUCGCGCCUCCAUCAGCCGACACCAGCGCUGUCGGACCAUUGCAUCCAUGGAAAACCGUUAUUUCCAGCGGCUGGGUACAUAGAUUACAUGGCUCAAGCGUGCGGUACAUUUGAUUUACACACUGCAAUGGUUCAAGAUCUUGCGAUUGUGAGGCCAUUACUUUUGCAGUACCACCAACGUAUAGAAGUUUCUGUCCGCGCCAUAACCGGUGCGAUCAAAGUGGAAACUUCACAAGGUGAGCAUUGUCGUGCAAGGAUAAAGCAUGCAUCCAAGAAGUGCGAUAGACACAACACACUUUAUGUUUUCUCUUCGCAGACAUUGAGCCCGAUCUUCGACAGUGGGCGUCGGUUGAACAUUGCACUCGCUCAUGUUGAGACUGCAUCAACAAACUUCACAUCAGGCCAUGUGCCCUCAAUUAUUGACGCGACUCUGCAGAUCAGUGUGGGAGUCAUAGAUGGACAGAAAGUAUCAAAGUGUGUGACGAUGCUGCCGACCAUAAUAAAGUUUUGUAGCACAUCUCCUCCUGAGAUCACGUCAGUGCGGCGCAUAAGUACGCGCUGUAACAUUGAAUUGGACAGCCAUGGUGAGAGUCUUGGCAAUCAUCUGGUUGGCUGCGUGGUGUUAUUCAAAGUGAAAUGCAAAAUGCUACGCACAAAGGCAAAUGGGUAUCCACAUAAAAAUAAUUUGAGCAAUGGAAUCAAUAUUGUCAAGUACGUGUCAAGAUUUUCACCAAGCACAAGCUUAAGACCUUGUACCACUCAAGCACACGCGCGAUUUAUAUCACUGAUGCGUGAAAAAAUAGUCGCUCAUGCGGUGAUGGUAUUGCACGCCUAUGUGCUGCAAAUGGAAGGUCGAGUUGAGCUAUGUGAGACGAAUUCCAUCAAGUAUCUUGCAUCACUGUUCCGAUGCGCUGAGACUGAAUGCAUCAAAGAAAAUGUUUCCCUAGUUGUACGGGGUGAAGAUGCGCCGUUUCAACACUCUAGCAUCCUACUACAGGCUUUUACGCAAUACAAAAGUCUGAGAAAAUUUCAUGUAUUGCACCGGUGCCUAAAAGAAUCUCUUGCUCAACAGUUGGCGUGCUCUAAUCGCAAAAUACAUAAGAUCAAGCUCGAUCGUAACAAAAGUGAAUUCAUAGCCUCCUGCGAUCUUAAUCGGUCUUACUUCAUCAUGGGAGGAACAGGAGCUACAGGGCAACUCACUAGUACUUUCCUAAUGAGGUACAGCUCACCACAUACACUAAUGAGUCGCUUUGGACGAACAAACUGUAUGCUAAGACAGCAUCAGUACAGUGACAGCGUUGUGUCGUUUGUACAAUCCUACGUACACACUAAUAUACAGAUAAAUCGAUACGCUGUGGAUUCAUUAUGCUUUAUUCAUGCGGCAGGUUGUACAUCGGAUGCCUUGCUUCUGCGACAAACGCCAGCACGCAUUCGUGAAGUCUUUGCUCCUAAAGUUCUCACCAUUGACGCUGAUCUAUACUCAAGCAAACCGCUUUUAAGCGCCAUUUUCUUUUCUUCCAUAACGGCACGAAUAGGUUCACCAGGACAGGCAAAUUAUUCAUGCGCAAAUUCUGCCUUGGAUACUCUCGCUCAAUUUGAGCACACAGCUGGUCGCCCUGUGUGCAGCGUUCAAUGGGGCGCCUGGGGGAAGGUCGGAAUGGCGAUCCGUAAUAAGUACAUAGAACGAAAUAUGUCGCGUCUAGGAGUUGGCUUCAUGGACCCAAAGACUGCCCUCGCUGCGCUGAAAAGUACCAUGCGCAGAAUAGAAAAUGCACCUCUAUCAUGUGGCGCAGUGCUCGUCGUAUGCCAGAACGCAUUCACCAGUGACUCGACGAAGGCUGAUUGGCUACUUGAGAAACAUACGACCGGCUUGCAAAGUGUGCACACUCGGAAAAUUGCUGAUAAACAAACAACGCUAGAGCGUCAGAAAAAGUUUACUACGUCAGGCGUGCGGUGUCACACCACCCAGGACUGUCUGAGUUUACUUCAUAAGAUGGUUUGCACAUUGAUUGGUUUCGAUGUUGACCCUGAUAUCCCCCUCCACGACGCCGGCUUGGAUUCUUUAUCUGCGAUUGAGUUAGCCAGUAAAAUAUCGACACACUUCGACAGGCAAGUAGCACCAUCUUUGGUAUUUGACUUCCCCACCAUUUCAAAAUUGUGCACAUAUUUAAUGCAAAAUGUUGAACACAGCUGUGACGAAGCGCACGGGAUAGAAGCACUGUGUCGUUCACCACAAAACGCACCAUUUGUGCAACCCAACCUUCAGUGUGUGCUUGCUGUGUCAUCUGGAACUUCACAUGGGGCAGCGGGCGUCGCAAACUGCGACAGUAUUGCCCUCAUGCCAACAGCACGGCGCAUUUUGUCGGAUGAACUUGGAGAAAGCGACCCACGUUUAAAAGUGGGCUGCUUCGUUGAAAGCAUCGUGAUGUUCGACUGGCAAGGUUUCCGAAUUGGAAAAGCAGAGGCGAUCAGCAUGGACCCACAGCAGCGUCUGCUACUACACUGCGUGAGCUCGCUAUGUCUACCGAAAUACACAAUAUCUCACACUUCUGUGUUUAUUGGAAUCGCUUGGAUGGAGUAUGGUGAGGUCAUGCGCACAACCACAAGUGUCCCCGCAAGUGCACUAGAUGCUACAUCACAAGCGUUGAGUGUCGCUUCUGGACGGAUAUGCUUCACAUUCGAUCUCACAGGAUCGGCGAUGAGUAUCGACACUGCCUGCUCCUCGUCCCUUGUGGCAGUCCAUCUCGGUGUGGCAUCUGUAUUUCAGAGUGAGUGCGACUCAACUGUAACGGGUGGCGUGAACCUCAUCCUCACCGAGACUACGACGGCCAUGUUUCUACGCGCUGGUAUGCUAGCGCCUGAUGGCCGCUGCAAGACGCUCGAUGCGGCCGCGGAUGGUUACGUGCGAGCCGAAAGCUGUGAUACAUUAUUACUGAGUCCAACCGCGAAUGUCAAUAGCGAGAGCGUGUGGCUGUGUGGGACCGCAGUAAAUCAAGACGGUCGAACGAGCUCGUUGACGGCGCCAAAUGGACCAUCGCAGACCAGAGUCAUCAAAUCAGCCCUGGCAAACGCUUCGACUCGGCCAUUAGAAGUGCGGGCCCUUGAAAUGCAUGGAACUGGGACGCCACUUGGUGACCCCAUAGAAGUAGGAGGCGCGAUGUCUGUUUUGGGUCAGGCAGAAACUUUACGAUUGCAUGCAAUCAAAACGAACAUGGGGCACGCUGAAUGUGCUGCCGGUAUGGCGGGGCUCAUAAGUGCAUCACGUGCCGUAGAAAUGCAAAGACACACUGGCAUAAUGCACAUGCGCUUACUCAACGUACAUGCGUGGCACGCAAUGUCAAUAAAUCCCUCUCAAGAGCCAAACGUUGCUGUGCCGCGAUCUGCUUCUGCUUCGUGCCAGCAUGUGCAUAAAGCAAAUGCGAAGACGGGAACGAGCUCGUUUGCAUUUCAAGGUACAAACGCUCACGCGAUAUUAUCGGCGACAGCACGAAAUUCUGGCUGUUCUUGCAAUAGUGUCGCAUCCAAGCUAUUCUCCUGCAAUCAGUGCUGGUUUGCAUCUCCAGUGCACAGCUCGGGUGCGUCGAUAAAAGUGUGCCACAAUUCGAUUGUUUCGCGCCUCCAUCAGCCGACACCAGCGCUGUCGGACCAUUGCAUCCAUGGAAAACCGUUAUUUCCAGCGGCUGGGUACAUAGAUUACAUGGCUCAAGCGUGCGGUACAUUUGAUUUACACACUGCAAUGGUUCAAGAUCUUGCGAUUGUGAGGCCAUUACUUUUGCAGUACCACCAACGUAUAGAAGUUUCUGUCCGCGCCAUAACCGGUGCGAUCAAAGUGGAAACUUCACAAGGUGAGCAUUGUCGUGCAAGGAUAAAGCAUGCAUCCAAGAAGUGCGAUACAAGUAUGAAGCAGUUCGAUUCGCCCACAAUCGCGCCUCUUCUCCGCUCAAAUGUGCAUGUCGUCACGCAUUCUAUCAGUUCCUAUGAUCUUCAUCACAAUGCAGCUAGUCUUUCGAACACAUCCGCAGCCUUCAUAAUAGCAGUCAAUGCUGUAAUCGGUGACGCAGUAUCACAGAAGAUUGCGAUCAAGGGAUUGCGUUGGUUUGCUAGUUGUGGUGUCUCCAUCUUUGAGUCUGUUUCCAAGGUGAAAACAGUCGGAAGUUACACAAUCUCAGGUUGCAGUAUGAGUUUAGACAAACUUUUAGGUUUCGAUUCCCAGUUCAAAGCUAGUAGCUUAACGUGCAAAGCGCCCUGCAAAAUCCAGAAUAUCACAAUUUUCUAUGAAUGUCAAGAUGCAGACUUUGAACCCGUUCCAAGGAAAAUACAAGCAUGUUCAGUGAUGCAGGUUGCAGCCGAUAUCGCCUUACUUACAAGCCUAAUGCGUCGACACAUCGAGCUCAUUCAUUGUACAAACGCUACCAAACAGCUGCAUCAAAUUUGCAAGGUAGCGGUGCAAGAGAAUAUAGUUCCGUCAAACUCAUACGUAGAUCAACACAAAUUUUUCGAUAAAACCGUACCUUCAGCCUUAUAUCUGCGCUUAAGUGACGAGAAAGGUAAAAAAACAGAGCAACUUACGAUAAUAGGAGGGUCCGGGGGCAUUGGAAGGCUGAUCCGUACGAAGAUGCAAUGCAUCAAGUUACCGAAUCGUUCAGGCAAAUCUCAGAUUUACGUGCAUGAGCGGACGUUUUACAUUGAGUGUUUCAUGUAUGUCUGGCGAACACAUAACCAUAACUGCAUGCUCACUGAUAAGUGCUCUUCAAUUCGACUCGUGCAUGCGGCAGGUUGUACAUCGGAUGCCUUGCUUCUGCGACAAACGCCAGCACGCAUUCGUGAAGUCUUUGCUCCUAAAGUUCUCACCAUUGACGCUGAUCUAUACUCAAGCAAACCGCUUUUAAGCGCCAUUUUCUUUUCUUCCAUAACGGCACGAAUAGGUUCACCAGGACAGGCAAAUUAUUCAUGCGCAAAUUCUGCCUUGGAUACUCUCGCUCAAUUUGAGCACACAGCUGGUCGCCCUGUGUGCAGCGUUCAAUGGGGCGCCUGGGGGAAGGUCGGAAUGGCGAUCCGUAAUAAGUACAUAGAACGAAAUAUGUCGCGUCUAGGAGUUGGCUUCAUGGACCCAAAGACUGCCCUCGCUGCGCUGAAAAGUACCAUGCGCAGAAUAGAAAAUGCACCUCUAUCAUGUGGCGCAGUGCUCGUCGUAUGCCAGAACGCAUUCACCAGUGACUCGACGAAGGCUGAUUGGCUACUUGAGAAACAUACGACCGGCUUGCAAAGUGUGCACACUCGGAAAAUUGCUGAUAAACAAACAACGCUAGAGCGUCAGAAAAAGUUUACUACGUCAGGCGUGCGGUGUCACACCACCCAGGACUGUCUGAGUUUACUUCAUAAGAUGGUUUGCACAUUGAUUGGUUUCGAUGUUGACCCUGAUAUCCCCCUCCACGACGCCGGCUUGGAUUCUUUAUCUGCGAUUGAGUUAGCCAGUAAAAUAUCGACACACUUCGACAGGCAAGUAGCACCAUCUUUGGUAUUUGACUUCCCCACCAUUUCAAAAUUGUGCACAUAUUUAAUGCAAAAUGUUGAACACAGCUGUGACGAAGCGCACGGGAUAGAAGCACUGUGUCGUUCACCACAAAACGCACCAUUUGUGCAACCCAACCUUCAGUGUGUGCUUGCUGUGUCAUCUGGAACUUCACAUGGGGCAGCGGGCGUCGCAAACUGCGACAGUAUUGCCCUCAUGCCAACAGCACGGCGCAUUUUGUCGGAUGAACUUGGAGAAAGCGACCCACGUUUAAAAGUGGGCUGCUUCGUUGAAAGCAUCGUGAUGUUCGACUGGCAAGGUUUCCGAAUUGGAAAAGCAGAGGCGAUCAGCAUGGACCCACAGCAGCGUCUGCUGUUGGAACAUUCUCAACGUCUAUUCCAUAGCCAUCUAUUCAGCAUUUACACCGGUAUCUCGCUUGGUAUUUCAUCUUAUCCCGAAGUGUCCUUAGGCGCACGCGAGCAUUCCUGUGCAUAUAGUGCAUCCGGUCAACAUAUCAGCGUAGCAUCCGGUCGUCUUGCAUAUAUAUUUGAUAUGCAAGGCCCAGCCGUCAGCGUGGAUACAGCAUGUUCUUCAGCGCUAGUGGCGAUGUAUAUCGCUCGCCGGGAAACCUUGGGAUGUCGGAACACAUUCGACGCCGUGCAUGAUAUGCUUUGUGGAGGCGUUCAUAUCAUAAGUCCCAGGAAUUCGUAUCUUUGCUACUUGGCGGGUAUGUUAUCUGCAGAAGGUCGUUGUAAAGUGUUAGAUAUGCAUGCAGAUGGGUAUGUCAGAGGUGAGUGUUGCGAAUUACAGAUACUCAGUCGUUGUAAAUCCCAUACACAGCGCUGUGUACUCAUGGCUUGCACUGUCGCUCAAGACGGACGAACGAGUUCACUCACAGCACCCAAUGGAAUCGCUCAAGUGAUAUUGAUUUCAACGACUGCACACGCCGCAACUGUCGAAGUUGAUCACAUAGGUGCCAUACAAUUGCACGGUACAGGAACUAUCCUUGGCGAUCCGAUUGAAGUCUCAUCAACGUUCAAGGCCCUCAGACCGCCGAUGAAGGUUAGCCAUGCUCCAUUGAUGGCUCAGGCCGUUAAAUCAAGGUCUGGUCAUGCUGAGCCGGCAUCUGGCUGUGCUUCAUUUGCCCAUCUCGUCCACUCUUUAUCAGAAUCAGCCGCUAUCGCAAUCGUUCAUUUGCGCCAUUUAAAUGCACAUGUGAGUGACGUGUUAUCAUUGAACUCGAAAAUUCAAUUAGCAUUAUUUACGAGGGAAAACAUGCAGUCUCUUUCACGGACACAGGCGAUAAGCUCGUUCGCUUUCCAGGGAACAAAUGCUCACGCAAUUGUAUCAGUAGCACAUGAUGAGUUUCAAAUCAGACGACAACUUGCGUGCAAAUCCAUCAUGUACACUCCAAUUGAUUGCUGGGGUCUUCAAAUCAUGGCACCAUUCAGAGCGCACGUAACCAAUAGAGUUCUUGAGACUGUUUUUUUGCUCAACCAUGUUGAAAACCAAUUCCUCACUGACCAUCAAGUUUUGAACAGAACAUGCCUACCAGGGACUUUGCUCGCGCAGAUUUUGCGAGAGAGUAUGAAAAACAUUACGAAAAACCAAACAUUACUCUUGCUUCGAGAUGUGGUUUUCAUAAAACCAGCACAUUUUGGAAAUGUACAAAUUAAAAUUUGGCAACGGACGGGAAUACUUUCGAAUGCAGGAAGUGCCAUUAAUUGCACAUUUUCAUUUGCGUUGACGUCUCUGACUCACACUCAACAACGCGUUCAUACAUACACAAAAAAACAUUGCGAAAAACAAAGCAAAAUACUAGGUAGAGUUGAUUCACAACACCGGCCAUCACCUUUCACGAUGUCGGCAACUUGUGAUGCAUGUCUACAAAUCUGUCAGACUUAUUCAAUAACUGCAGGAUACCUACCAAAAGCUGUUGAGUCAAUAAGACAAAACUGCAUGGCAUCGCAUAGUAUGGAUGUGAUGGACUCCAAGUGCAUGAUGCAAACCGCAUCUGCAGGAGAAGUACAUGCUUCGUUCAUUUUAUAUAGCGCGGGGAACAAAACUUCUGCCAUGAUGACCAUGCAUGGUUGCACUGCUUCAAUCAUCAGAAUGCGUCACUUAUCUAGUUUGAUGACGACUGAAAGAAAAUCUUGCGGUGCGCUAGAUUUCGUUCACAGUGUGUACUACGAAACCGAAAAUUCAAGAUCUAUCCAUGCACCUGAGUGGCCAUCGAGGCCUGCACUCUUCGGCGUGGAGACUGCCAGCAUGAUGUGCUUCAUGCAGUCAAAAUAUGUAAAAGUUCAAUCACCGGCGCUAAGUAGUGUCGGACAUUCACACUUGGAGGCUGUCUUACGAUGCAUUAUGUAUGAGGAAGGAAAGCAAAAACGCGUGACAAACUCAACAUUUCGGAAGGUCAAAAUGCCGUGUCAACUUCGCAUAUCAGUGCAACAACAGUUCUUGUACCCCAAGAUGCAAGUGGCAACCGAUUCUAACCAGUCUAUUCUCGUUGAAAUAAAGCGUUCAUUCGCAUCGGGAUCGAGCGUCAAAAGUAUGUUAAUGAAUGCGAAAGUUGCACAUAUACCCUUCAUAGGGGUAGUCGCUACAAAAUUGUCCAAGUCAAGCCUGAAUGCUGGUGAUGUGAUUCUCUGCACAGCAUCCUAUGAGCAGCUACAAAACUCGUCGCAGUAUAUUUGGAUAGAGAUGUCACAAAUGCACUUCGUGCAUUACUCUUGCCUUCUUUCGCUAGUACGAACACAGACAGAAGAAAGAAUUGAACGCGAACGCUUUCGCACAAUGUCAAAUCACCACACUCAGUGUUCAGUAUCUGAUGAAGAACUAAACCAAAACAUUAUUGCGUUCCUGAAACAUCUACGAUACAACUUACCAUCGGAACACUUCAUUUCGAACAGGUGCGAGUAUUGGGGAAUUACAGGUGGCACAGGUGGCAUUGGGGUGAUGAACGUUGGUUGGUUAGCACACAACCACAAUGUACUAGGCAUUUGUGUAUCAUGUAGAAGUGGAAAGUCCGCAAAACCAAAACUCUUUAACCAUUGGCGAAUCAGUUUAAAACUUAGGCAAGAUGACUCGUGCGCCUCUACCACCGUAUUACCAUACGAAGGAGACACAAACACCUUUGGAAUUGUCCACAUGAGUGGCGUAACGAAAGACGCUUUGCAUGCUUCACAAAAUCCUCAUUCCAUUAGGUCUACAUUUGCUCCAAAGACGGGAUCUUUCUCUUGUUCUAAAACGCACUUACACCAUGCAAUGCUUGUUUCAAUAGUAUUUUCUUCCCUCGCCGUCUUCGGUUCUAUAGGACAAGCCAACUAUUCCUCUGCGAAUGCAACACUUGAUAUGAUGUCGGCACAUAAGAAGGCUUCAGGCAUGAACAUUGUGAGUACUCGAUGGGGAGCGUGGAGUGCAGUUGGAAUGGCUAUUGAUACGCGUAGAAUUUCCGCAAACACUGCUUUUAUGCCCUCAAUAAAUCCACACCUUGCUUUGGAUAUCUUGAAAAAUCUGUACGUACUUUCGAGCGAUAUUUUCUCUGCUCCAUGUUAUUCUGUGAUAGGGCAAAAACUACAUAAUCAAGCGCAUCUGGGUUCAGGGUUUAAUUCACACGAAUUAUCAUCGAAAGAUGACGCUACCAUUUAUUCCACCAAAGCUGGGGCCGAAGAUGAAACUCACGAUGAUCUUAUAUCUCUAGAGGGACUCAUUUUCAGAAAUUUGUCUUCUAUUACUGGAAUCAAUCAAGAUGAGAAGUCAAUAAAUACACCACUUACAUCGUUAGGUCUGGAUUCUAUCGGUAUGUCGCAGUUAGCGAUGAGCUUGGCUGUAGAGACGUCUCUCAAUCUGCCACAUACACUCGGUUUUGAUUACCCGACGGUAAAAUCACUAGCUCGUCAUCUUGCAGACCGUUUACAAAGUUCAAGUUCAUCAUCAAUUCAAUCACGACAAAGCUUGCGGGUAUUGGAAGGCAGUUCUGCGGAGAAUCUGGGCAAUAGAAGUAUCACACUUGCGUCUUUCUACGGCAAUAUGUCUACUGCAACCUACGACGACGAAGUGACGCUCGUCGACAGCCGGUUCGAUUCUUUCUUUGAAUCAGGCAACCCACCAUUUGCAUUUCAUAUGAAUAAUGUAAACAAUUUUGACGCACACAUUUUCGACCUCAAUGAACGCACAACUGCGCAAAUGGAUCCAAGACAACGGACGUUACUCAAGUGCACUUUCGGCUGCAUCUACGACGACCAAGGUGUAAUCGAUGGUCAAACAGGCUGUUUCAUUGGUGUCAGUGCCGAUGAGUACGGGGCACUUCGACUAAUAUUCCCACUCAAUUUCAGAGAUGUGCCCGCUUCGAGCGUUUCCAGUGUCGCUUCUGGACGGAUAUGCUUCACAUUCGAUCUCACAGGACCGGCGAUGAGUAUCGACACUGCCUGCUCCUCGUCCCUUGUGGCAGUCCAUCUCGGUGUGGCAUCUGUAUUUCAGAGUGAGUGCGACUCAACUGUAACGGGUGGCGUGAACCUCAUCCUCACCGAGACUACGACGGCCAUGUUUCUACGCGCUGGUAUGCUAGCGCCUGAUGGCCGCUGCAAGACGCUCGAUGCGGCCGCGGAUGGUUACGUGCGAGCCGAAAGCUGUGAUACAUUAUUACUGAGUCCAACCGCGAAUGUCAAUAGCGAGAGCGUGUGGCUGUGUGGGACCGCAGUAAAUCAAGACGGUCGAACGAGCUCGUUGACGGCGCCAAAUGGACCAUCGCAGACCAGAGUCAUCAAAUCAGCCCUGGCAAACGCUUCGACUCGGCCAUUAGAAGUGCGGGCCCUUGAAAUGCAUGGAACUGGGACGCCACUUGGUGACCCCAUAGAAGUAGGAGGCGCGAUGUCUGUUUUGGGUCAGGCAGAAACUUUACGAUUGCAUGCAAUCAAAACGAACAUGGGGCACGCUGAAUGUGCUGCCGGUGUGGCGGGGCUCAUAAGUGCAUCACGUGCCGUAGAAAUGCAAAGACACACUGGCAUAAUGCACAUGCGCUUACUCAACGUACAUGCGUGGCACGCAAUGUCAAUAAAUCCCUCUCAAGAGCCAAACGUUGCUGUGCCGCGAUCUGCUUCUGCUUCGUGCCAGCAUGUGCAUAAAGCAAAUGCGAAGACGGGAACGAGCUCGUUUGCAUUUCAAGGUACAAACGCUCACGCGAUAUUAUCGGCGACCGUUUACAGCGCUCUGUAUAAGCGCCCUAUGGACGGCAACCCACUACUUCUCGACGAAAAGUACUUACUGCACGAUUACAUGACAGUGGAGUGUAAAGCCUAUUACCUAGAUUCGUCACAAUGGCUAACAUUCAAGCAAAGAAAUAAUAUGGAUAAUGAUAUCGCACGAAUGUCAGAUCUACUUUUUGCUGUACAUUCCGUAGUUGGUAUAACAACAAACGAACGAUUGACGAUGCUUUCACAAGUAGUGCUGACAACUCAUAAUGCAGUAAAGGAUAAUUUGGUCGUACAUCUCUGCGAAAGAACUUCUGUGUUUAAAGUUGUAGGGUCGAAUGGUGUUAACACUGGUAAAGGCUGCGUGACCGUUACUCCACAGGUACGCGACCGGCGCUUCCUCAGCGUAUGUCAGUUCUUCCGGAAUUCAAUUUCUACAUGUCGUGCAAUGGAACACACACUUUUUAGCGAUACAGGAGUCAAAGAGCAACUGUUAAAGUCGUGUAUGCAUCAUUUUUUGCGUAUAUCUUGCGCCAUGGUUCAGUUCUCAAGAUUGUUGAAUACCACGUGCGCGCAUCGUACAGUUUCAAAUAGGAAAAUUACACGUACUAAAUCUCGAAUUCAAUCUUCCAAUAACUUGAUAGAGUGUGAAGAAAGUGCAUCACAAAUACGAAGACGUGCUAAAUUACCGACGCAUCAGUACGUGGCCAAUUGGGUUUAUGGAGCCGCAAAACAUCAACGAAUUGACGGCACAGAUUGUAUUAAUUUUGGUAGUUUCAAAGCUUCGCGAAUUGGAAAGCGUGCCUUUAACCUGGACUUGUGUGACAUAGUGCCCUAUCAAAGAGUAGAAGACUCAUCGUACACAUUUGCAUCAAUUUACGCAUCAAUGUUCACGUUUUUACCGUUGAUAAGCAUUGUCUCAAGAUCAUGCUCAUCAACCUGUUUCAACCUGGCCACGCAGCCACGUCCUGCAAGUGAAGCCGCCUGCACGUUCGGGACCAUGGAGAGCUUAAUUCAGGCAUUGCAUUUGGAGUAUCCACAUGUGCAAGUUGCUUUAGCUCCGAAACCAGUAUUUGAAAAGUUUACGUUUUUGAGUUGUAGUUCGUGCAAGAUGAGAGUUGAGGCUGGUAAAAUUUUCACACAGCGAUUAGCGCAAGUAAGUUUACGUUCAACCCUCCGCGAAGGACGACAGCGUGAGUUCGCAUGGACUUGCUCGCAUAAUGUUUUAACAUAUGGUGGAACUCAUGGCAUAACCGCUCACUUAAUAAAUAAUUUGAAACGCCAUUCGCAUUGUAAUGUUUGUAUUGUUGGCCGCACAGGGCGAAGUCGCGUGCUUCACGUGGAUCCAACAUUUUCCACGGAAGAUGACUAUCUGACAAUAUCGAGAGCUUGUGUGUGCAAUUUAGAUGAGUUAGCAGCCAUUAAAUCCCGGUUCUGCAAGGAUCAAAAUAAAAAACUGUCAGUUAUACAUUCCGCAGGAGUCUUUCAGAUGACUCCAGUGAAACACCUGACACCUGCACAGAUGAUGGCAGUCUUCGUACCAAAAGUCGCAACUUCAGUACAAGCUAAAAAAGACAAUACGCCUUGGCUUUUUCCGUCCCACUCACGACAAAUAGACAUAUUUCUGUCGUCAAUCAGCGCUGUUUUCGGUCUUGGGAGAGCGGCAUCGUAUGCAGCGUCAAAUGCAUACAUUGAUGAGCUAUCACUUUGGUUUCAUUCUUUUGGAAGCGAAAUUAUCUCAAUCCGCUUGGGGCCAUUUGCGAGUGUUGGUAUGGCGUUAAAUGCAACAUGGGACUCAUCCAUCUUGGGCCUGACCUCGAUUUGCCCCAAUAAGCUUUGCAGUAUAAUAUCAAAAUGUCAUUUGACUCGUGCGCUUCCUGGUGUUUUGGUAGUCAAGUUGGACAUGCAGAAAUAUGACUCACAAUUUAGAGUACUGCUGAACCAAACAGAACAUAGCCUACAGCAAUGGGAUCUACUUGACGAUCUCCUUGAUAGGGUAAAACACCCAUCAACUCAGAUUGUGAGUGACGACAACUAUUUGGAAGCUAUGCACGUGGAUGUCGUACAAUCACAUGUAGCUUCAGUGGUGCAGCGCGUUCUAACGGAUUUACGGGGAUGUAGAAAUGGACCAUUUUCUUUGGAUGAGAGCGUCAUGACCAACGGCGUGGACUCAACUUUUGCUUUGGAACUUGCUGAUGCACUUUCAUCGAAGCUUCAUAUUGAUGUGCCAAAGUUAGUAGCAUUUGAGCAUCCGACACUCCGAUCUUUAAUUCGUUUUUUGUCGCAACAAAACCAAUGUAUGUUGUCCGAAUCGCAUCAAAAUCAAAUUUCCAUACAAAGGUCUUCCUGCUCUUUGACUACCCAACAUAAACGUCAUAGUAUUGACGUGCGAGUCUACGCUAAGACUUUUCACAGCCAGUCGACAGUAACUCACAAGAUUCCGUUGUUUGAUGCGAUUCAAGGUUUGGAGAAGCGUUGGAUCAUAGAUUUAUUCAAAUUUGAUACCCUAGACGGUGCACUUCCACCAAGUUUUGGUGGAUUCAUUGCUCAAGUAUAUCAUUUUGAUGCCAAUACCUUUGAUAUGUCACGCAUGGAAGCUCGUCUCUGCGAUCCACAGCAGCGCGUUCUGCUUGGCACUGCCGCAUCGUUGCUCGACAAAAAGUAUUGCGUCAAUGGAUGUGCAAAGUCAGUAUUUGUCGGCAUCACGUCGUCGGACUACGCAAGAAUCUUGCGUGAUAAGUCUACACUUGCAAACGGAUAUGAAAGUGCAACGAAUGUGUCAAACGUUGCUGCCGGCAGGAUUUCUUUCACUUUCAACUUUACUGGACAAUCUAUAUCUAUUGAUACCGCGUGUUCUUCAUCGUUAGUUGCAGUGCACUUUUCAUGUGUUUGUGAUGAUCAUUAUCGAGAUUGUGAACAACUGGCCUUCGGGGUCAACUUAAUAUUUGAUCCAAGAACUUCAAUAGUCUGCAAUGCAGCAGGAAUGCUAUCAUCAGAUGGCAGAUGUAAAGCGAUGGACGUCGAAGCCGACGGAUAUGGUCGGGCCGAAAAUUAUGCAGGCCUGCUUCUUGCAAAACGUCGCGUGGAUCACGCUGCAUCGAACGAUAUCAGUGAAAACGUAGGAUACUUCAAAGCAAGCAAAAUAAACCAAGAUGGAAGGACUAGUUCCUUGGUGGCACCGAACGGCAACGCUCAAUUUGAGCUAAUUCAAUCCUGUGCAUCGCACUCAGGCAUUAAUGUCGAAGGAAAUGGCGUAGAUGAGUCUGAGUUACAUGGCACAGGUACGCAGCUCGGUGAUCCCAUCGAGAUAGCUGCAAUUCAACGAGUAUACUGUGUGGGUCGCUCUCCCGUCGUCUUCCAGGCAAGUAAGACGCUACAUGGGCACAGCGAAGCGUCUUCAGGAAUCCAUGGGUUAGUGAUGACACUUUAUGAUAUGCGCUUAAGUAGAUUUCUAUUGUCUUUGCGCAACAUGAAUCCAAUUGUUCUUGAUAGUGUAAAGGAGUAUGUGAAUGUAUUGAGAUUCAAUCGAGGCCGAUGCGCGUUAAACCCAGCCUUAAAAUCGAUAAGCUCGUUUGGAUACUCUGGAACAAACGCACACAUCGUGGCUGCUUCAGAUGAAUGGUGUAAACAUUUGGGAACCACUGAUAUGGAAUUUUUAUGGCAUAGACUAGAAUUUAAUCAAGCUGAAGACAGUGGAAGUCCGAUGAUAAACAUGCGUGGCCAUUUUCUACACUUGAAAGGGACUUGCAAGAUAAUUUUGUGCAUCCACGCUCACAUGCAUGGAAUUGGCGCACACAUCGAGAGUUAUCUUCAGACCCUUAAUAUGCUGGGCAAUGACGAUCGUUUCCUGAUCACAAAGUGUAUUCAUCGCACGAAAACAUGCGCACGAGAUGUCUGGACUGUCUCUCUAAGUACGCACGAUGGAACUUUCAACAGUGCAGAAGCCUGCGGACAGCUCGCAUUCGAAGCACGUUUGACUCGAUGUGCAUCACAUUUCACAAGACAAUCUCAAUCAGCACGGCGAUUGUGUUUCCGUCCUUCAUCACAGAGUUUGUAUGGGCGCACAUUGUCAAAAUCCGGCCUCGCUCUACCGAGCAAGCUAUUUGAAGACUCAAAGACACUUAUACAUCAUCGUUCACGUGAGAUGAAAUGCAUUACCCUACACAUUGAACUUUUCUACAUGGAGAGGUAUCGCAAUGAAGUCGGCCAUUGGGAUGUGCUGGUAGCGCGAAAUUCAUCUAGUUCCAAGUUCCACUAUUUAGAGCACCAGUCAGUAUCAAGGUCACACUUGCGCAAAAGAAAAACAAACCAUAAGAAACCGGAUGUGCCAUCUGAGUUCAAUCACAACGGUGCCCAACUAUCGUUGUACGAAAUCGUCUCCGCAUGCUACCGCGAUGUUAGUUUCCACUCAUUUAUGAAAGACAAAACUCUCAUAGAGAGUGGGAUGGAUUCCUUAGGGAUAACUGAAUUUUUUGCUAGGCUUCAACAGCAACUCGGAUGUCGCAUACCAGCCAGCUUGUUGACUGAAAGUUUAUCAAUGGAGGAAUUGAUAAAACGACUCGAAAUGAAUCAGGUCGCGACUGCAGUCUCCCAAAGUGAAGCUCAUGCAAACGUAAAAGACGACAGCGUCCUGGUAUCAAGCCAAGAACAAAAAAUAUUUGUACUGCACUUCAAGCUCUAUCCGUCAAGUUGUGCUUACAAUAUGUCAAUGAUCGUGGACAUCUCUAUGGAGAAGGAUAUAAUUGAGGUCUUCAACUGUAUGUUACUAAACCAUCCAAUUCUACGAAUGCGUUUUUCCCCCAAUGAUAGUGUAUCCAUAAAAUCAGGAGAGACAAUUUCUUCCAUACCAAUCUUAAGGUGUGAUAGAAAGAAUUGUGGUUCGGUUCACCGACGUUCAGAGAUCGUCAUAGCUGAAGCGAAGUCAUAUCCAUUCGAUAUUUUCAACGACGCACCACUUCGUUUGUAUCGCCUGGGCGAGUCAAAAUUGCUGGUAGUUUUGCACCACAUUGCUGGUGACGCGCUCUCUUUAGCUAUCAUCGCCCAUGCGUGUAGAUCAAACACACUUACAUGCGAUCGACCUGGGACGUUCGAUUCGUACACCUCCUGGUUUCAUCACCUGAUAGACCAAAAAGAUCGUCGUGCACAACUGAGAAAUAAAGCGUUGAUACACUGGGAGAACGUUCUCACAGAAAAUAAGCGAAGUAGUUUCAAUGCCUCAAAGCUGCGACAUGAUUUCAUGACUGACCUAAAUUCACCAGACAUCUUGCGAGGCGCUGGAGUUCCUUUCAAACUCAGUGCAAGCGCAACGCGUUUAUUGAAGUCUACCGCAAGAAUCUUAGGUACUACUACUUGCACCAUUUUGCUUUCUUGCUGGCUAAUUGUGAUCGCCACCAUAACUGAACGCCAGGUUCAGGCAUCACGUCUGGCAAGAAUCACUCUCGGAAACUCAUUCGAUUUACGAUGCGCAAGUUCACUUUCACAACAAUCAACCAUAGGGUGUUACGCUGCCGUUGUACCAGGCCGAUGUGUGGUCGACAUGAACAUCAAUUUCUCACAUAUUGUCGCGAAUGUGCACCACAUGAUAAACGCUGCUCGUGAAUGCCCUCUAGUCCCCAUCAACGAUAUCAUCCAUUUGCUUUGCACUCGACAUGGAUGUGACUUUCAUGCUAACAAUCCUAUGUUUGAGACAUGCUUCAGCUUUGUCAGCAAUCUGCGUCGAUCAAAAUGUAUGGAGUCCAGAGUAGAGCAUUUUCAACAAGCCGUUUUUUCGCUCUGGUUGGGACUUCAAGAUUCUCAUGCCGACAUUAGCGGCACCCUGAUGUAUGACGAAAGCAAAUUUUGCAGAGGCACAGUCGACAAUUUGAUUGCCUGUCUUGAACAUACCUGCCGGUCUUCGUGUGAAGAGCAGUUACAUAGUGGGAAAACUCUGUUGAAGAGCCUCAUUCUAAAAAGCAGCAUACGUAUGGAAAGAGGUACUUCUCUCCAACAUUCCCACACUUCUCGGCUAAUGCGAGCUAGACUGUCGCAAUCAAUCCAAAAAUCACGGAAUGAAAGCGCACAGACGAACACAAAUGUGAAGACGAUCUAUAUUUCCCAACCUUUAUAUGUUACUUCGAGCAAUGUAUGCAUAUACUUGGAUAUUGACCAACAUAUGACCACGUACCGCGAAUACAUAUUCAACCUAAUUCCGGAAGUCAGACACUCUCGCCUGCGCGUGUAUGCAGUGACGUCAAACUUUUACCUUCGACUUCUUCUCCACUACGUCGUUGCUUCGCUGGAUGGUGUACUGCUGGUUCACAGAGACUCAGAUAGCAUUCCUGAUGCAGAAGUUUUGUCGUUUUCACCGCAUGUAAUAUUUGGUUCUACUACGCUCUUGAGAAAGUAUGUUUUCACAAGGCCUCCCACUGCACUAGGAAAGAACAUCUCGAAUAUUAGACUACAAUAUUCUCAAAAAGUCCCCGGGAAAGGAUUAGAUUAUCCAUGUAUUAUGCCUGUCGAUACUUCACCCUUUGUAGUGCACAUGCACGCUACAGGUCAUACAAAACUGACACUUUUCAGCACUCACAUGCACUAUUCAUUUAUCAGAAACUUGCAGCUGAGUUUGAGCAUUAACUGUACUGAUAUUUCGUUACACUUUGCAAAUAAAGCGGGAUUGUUGAACAUCACAACGGCGACUGCGGUCUUAAAUGCAAAAGGCUCAAUUGUCAUAAAUGAAUCCGAUUCUGGGACAAUUCAUCGUUCAAUCGCUAGAGAGCGCGUAACUAUUCUUAUAGCGCCGGAAUCUAUCGGUGCGUCCAUGGUGCGCAGCGAGUUCUCAUCUAGCUUUGAUGCUUCGAGUCUUCGCCUACUCGUCGUGGAAAACUUGAGCAAACAAAGAUAUCAAUAUUUGCUGAAAAGUCUUUUCUCAAAAUUUGGCUGUCAGAUAAUGAGCUAUGAUAAUCCUACGUACGAUUCAUACAACGCACGAUCUCCAACAAUUUACGGCAGUGAGAUUUUCUAUAAUACGACAUCGAUGGCGCACGAGUUACGAUGGCAUACGACAAGAACCCAACACCCACUGUGUGUGAUGAGAGCGGUGACCAAUAAUGGUGAACUUGCACUGCUGCGCUCUGGGUUUGUGGGCGAGAUUCAAUGUCUACUAAACCAGCACGAGUGUUUCAGGAGAACGGAAUGGACCGACGACGACUGGUUUCGCACAUUGGAUUUGCUUAUAAUUGCACACGACGGUAGUAAGUCUGUUACUCCGAGUCGAAAACCAGUAGAUGUGUUUCGUCUUAAGAGUAAUUCAGCACUGCAUAACUCAGCGGAUGAUAUAUCGUCUGAGAAAGUACAAUUUUCGCCAAAUCAAGAUGUUCGAAGUAUUUCGCAUAGUAUUUCGCCAAUUGAGAUUGGUAUAGUUGCCACAAGCGGGAACAUAUUGCAAACGUCGGAUGCUAUAUCGUGUCAUCAGGUUUCAAAAUUUGAUGUUGCAAAAGAUUUGAACACUACACUUCACGACGACGGAUUAUCAUACAAUUUUGGUAAUCAUCACGAUCUUCGUGGCUUCGACUCAUCAUGUUUUCGCCUAACACUGCAAGAAAUCAUUUCGAUGGACUCACAGCAGCAGAAUCUUCUGUUUUAUGCGCAGAAACUGCUAUCGUCGACCUCAUCGUACCAAAAGACGAAAAACACUAGCUUGGCGUUGGGUAUUUCACAGUUUGGCGAUGUAUCGCUCUCUGUGAAUGAUCAAUCCGUCAUGGGUCAGGCCCAUAGUGUAGCAAGUGGCAGAAUUGCAUUCUUCUUCGACAUUCAUGGUCCGUGUGUAUCCGUGGAUACCGCCUGUUCGUCUUCACUCGUGGCAUUGCACUUGGUUUCGACCUUCUUCGCCCUCACAAAGUGUACAUUCGGCCUGCCUGCGGCAGUGAAUCAUAUCAUAUGUGAAAAUGUGACUGAUGCGCUUUACAGACUCGGUAUGUUGUCGCUCGAAGGUCGAUGUAAAACUUUGGAUAUUUCUGCUGAUGGCUACGUACGAUCUGAGUAUACUUGCCUGCUGGCUGUGGUAGAUUUAUCAAAAAGCGAUUUCUCGCCGGCCCGAGUAGUGCAAGUCUGCGCAACGCAAAUUAAUCAAGACGGUCGAUCGAGCGCGCUUACGACGCCGAAUGGUACAAGUCAAGUCAGCCUAUUGCGUCAAGCACUACGAAGCUGUCACAAGUGUUCAAACUCAUUUAAUAUUUCUAUGCAUGGAACCGGCACUGCCCUCGGCGACCCAAUCGAAAUAAAUGCCAUUCUUGAGGCAAUUCAAUCAGCAAAACUCGUGAAUAUUAAUGCUAGCAAGUCAAUCGCGGGGCAUGCUGAAGCAGCUUCAGGUAUGAUCAACCUUGUCUUUACAAUUCAAGAGUCAACGAAUCAUUUAUUCUCUCAAAUUUUACAUCUAAGACGAUUGAACACGCAUAUCGUGUGUGAUAUUGACAGCAGUGGAUCUUUGGUUUCGUUACCGAGGGAGAAUGUAUCUUUGGUGGAGAACUCAUCGUUACGUUAUUUCGGUACGAGUGCAUUUGCUUUUCAAGGAACAAAUGCGCAUACAAUAUCACGGCUUUUGGCCUCGCAUCACUAUUCGGUUCGCUGGUCCACUCUACAGAUCGCUGGUAGACAUGGUCAAUUAUCGCAAUUAUCGUCGUCGUUGAGAUGGGCCUGCUCAAUGUCCACCGGAAAGACCUCGCAGUCCUUUAUCCUAAAAAUUGAUAGCGUCUUAUACAAGCAUCACCGAGUUCGUAAUAGAACGAUAUGCCCAGCGACAGUUCUGUAUCGCGUCAUGUUCUUGGUCGGACAUCCUGAGCAGCACACCAUGCUGUACCAUCCAAUACGUCACGCUGUGCAAAGCGUAAUUAUUUCGACGUCACUCUACUUGGACAAACCCAAUGUAGAUCUAUCAUUGAAACUCGAUGAAAGCGGAUACUGCACCCUCUCCUCAGGUACGAGUACAAGUUUUACCACAUCCAACACGGUUUCAAAAGGGUUGCACGUGUGUUAUGCGCAAAUCUCUGGCAUGCUGAGAUUGAGUGACUACGGUGCCCCAAGCUUGUAUCAGUCGUUUGGAGGCGUAGGAUCGGUAGGAAGGACGACCUCCGAUGUAUUUUGUGGACACAAUCGCGCUAAACACGAAGAUUGUAGUCUGCAACUGGGCUUUGUGGGCUCCAUCAGAUCACAGGAUCCGCCUCUCCAUCUCUUCCUACCGUCCGGAGUGACUUCGUACACUCACAGAAAAUCCGAGAUUCGUACGAGAGCCAUCGUGUCAACACUUCCAUCACUGAACUUAAAUGACCGAAGCGAUAUAUUAAGUGACCAUUUUGCGUCCAAUAAAGCGUACAGUACGAUUUUGUUCCAUAUUGUAUCUCGACGGAUGAGGACGGAUCAAUUUUCAAACCCCACGGGAAUGUCCCAUACCAAACCAUCUGCAUUCAAAUACUCAAUAAUCGCGUUUCAACCGCUUCUCUUGGGGCAUGGCUUGAGAUCGAAUAUUAUCGCAUCCGAGUUGAGAAAGCACAGUACGUUUACAAACGUAAGGGGUGUUUCAGAUUUCCUACAAUUAGCUCAUGCUCUGCGUCGAGCGACGAAAGUGAGUGUCCACACCACUCGAGAAAUGGAACAGCUGGAUGCGAGUUCUAUGAUGCGUGUGGCUUUAUCUGAAGGUAUGAUAUCAAUUGUUGAUUCAGUCUCACAUCCAUCUUCAGCGUCUGUGAGACACGUUAUUGUUCCGUGGGAAUCACCAAAUGUAAAUAAUUCUGUUGUGGUUAUUCAAAAUAAACAUGCUUACUUGAAGAGUAUCACGGAAGUUUCACGACAAAACGUACAAGGAGUACGAAACCAUGUAUCAGGAUCACUCAUCCGAAGAGACUUCGACAGCCCAUUAAAGCAAAUCUCACUGUACUUGACAGGUGGAACUGGUCACAUUGCGUCGAAUAUCCUCCAAUGGUAUUGCUCAAAGUUUCAAGUGAUGGCGAUCUUACACGGGCGCUCAGGCAGAUUCCUCCACACAAAUCGGAGUUUGGACAGUGCAUUCAUCCGUGUAUCACGACACGGUAUUGAGCCAAACUCUUGCGUCGAUCUGCACAUGUAUCACUGCGCAGGCGUAUUACACGACGCAUUAAUACAAUUUCAAAAUUUUUUCACGUGCUCAAAAGUCUUGGCUCCCAAAAUAUCUAUAACGAGCGAACUAUAUAACAAAUAUGCCUGCUUGGAUUUCCGAAGGCUAACACUCUGUUCAUCAAUAUCUUGCUUAUUCGCAACACGAGGACAGCUGGGUUACGUAGCCGCAAACGCUUUCAUGGAUUCGUCUUCAAAUAUGUGCAGAAAUGUUGGUUCUUCUAUCAUUAGCAUCCAGUGGGGUGCUUGGUCAAAUGGUGGGAUGGUUGAUGAGGUCGUUUCAAGUCGCUACAUCAAGUCAGGCAUCAGUAUGCUGCUCCCCACUGAUGCUGUUCGUCUUUUGGUCCAAAACAUCGACAUAAAUUGCACGUUACUACUCUGUCAUAUAGGAAUGAAUCACUUUAAUAUUGGCUACAGCUCCACGUGCGGCGUCUAUUUCUGCUCAGGAAAUUUGAAAUUAACUUCAAAUCCAGGGAAAUAUUCAAAAGCAGAGAACUCAUCGUAUCAAAUUAAUAGUUCAUCGAGGGUUCUCCGGACAAGAAACCAUAUCGAAGCCGAUGUGCUCAAAAUUUUAAAAUCAGUAACGAAUUGUCAAGAUGUGAUGGAUGCAUCAAUUCGAUGGGAUUUUGAUUCAUUUUCUGCGAUCGAAUUCAGCGAAAUACUUUCGGCAUCAUUCGACAUCAAACUGCCUCUUACUCUUGCUUUUGAUUUCGUAUCAUAUGUCGAUGUCGCCCAUUAUAUAUUUGACAAAAUGCAUGAUAACGUGAUCACUAUGGGGCCACUUCAAACAUCGAAAAUUAGCUCAAAAGAAACGAUAAUACUUUCGUAUGUUACGGGAUCUUAUCCGGAUGUUCAAAAUGAAGCGGCAGACUUAAUAUCUCACGUGCCAUUUGCUAAAUGGGACAUUUUGGUUGAUGGUCCGAAAUGGAAGACAUCGUCGAUCUUUGGAUCUUUCUUAUUUCCACAAACAAGCUUUUUUGACUUCGAACUCUUUCAGAUUUCUCAAGCAGAAUCCCGGCGAAUAGACGUUCAGCAACGCCUUGCUUUGAAUGAUACUCUCAAGUGCGUUCAUAUGAUCGAUGAUGCGAACCUCUCAGGUAUACUUGUUGCAAUUUCGAGCAUGGAUCACUGUGGCCUCGAUAUUUCAAAGACGGGGUUCGCCACGGAUGCUGCAUUUUCAGUUGUACCAGGACGCGUUUCAUUUCAUCACAAUCUGGGAGGUGUGUCGAUUGCGAUAGAUACAGCGUGUUCGUCCUCUCUCGUUGCAGUUGAUGUGGCGCGUAGGUAUCUGCGUGAUGAAGGGAAUCACAUAAUUGUUUACGGUGUGAACGUCAUUCUUUUACAAUCAACGAUGUCUUUAUUUGCAGUCACUGGAAUGCUCGCAGAUGAUGGGCGUUGUAAAUCGCUUGAUGUAUGUGCUGAUGGAUACAGUCGCGCUGAAGCCUCGCACGCUUGUUUAUUGCACUCUGGUGCUAAACAGAAAUUACCGACCAAAACUUCUGGAUAUGUCUGUAGUAUUUUGCACUCAAUUAUCAAUCAGGACGGGCGUUCUUCCGCGCUCACGGCACCAAAUGGCCAAGCGCAGCAGCGUGCGCUUGUUGAACUAUUGCAUGGAUCCCGCGCCGGGCAUGUAGAAUGCUCGUACUUACACAGCACGGGGACACCGUUGGGCGAUCCAAUCGAAAUCGGAGCCUACUUAGGUGGAUUAGUUCACUUUGAGUCACACUCUCAUGCCGUACAACUGGAAGCUGUCAAAUGUCGUGUGGGGCACGGCGAGCCCGCAUCUGGGGUGUUGACACUAUCUCAAGUCGCAAAAAGUUUGAUUUCAUCCAACACUGGAAAUGUCUCGCUUCGAGUAAUGAAUCCAUUGGUAGAAGAUCGAGUUUGCACUCACGCAGCAAUCGUCAUAAACCGACAGUGUCACCAAAUGGAGUUUUUGGCAGAUUGUCCAAAAUUUGUCACCACGAGUGCGUUUGCGUUCCAAGGGACAAAUUGUAUGAUUGCACUCACACUUGGAUUUGAAUCGCAUAAUGUGACGUCUGUCUUGAAGAACUUGAAAGUACAAUGGAACGUAGAUAUAUUUACUCCGCACCCCCAAAUACAGUAUAUUCCGGCAAAAGGAUUAAUUGAGCUACAGUUCAAACAUUUACAUUCGAACUACUUGCUGGAUCACACUGUCAAAGACACAUGCAUUUUGCCAAACACCGCGAUUUUAGAGAUAUUUCUUUCCGCUCAUGCUGGUCUCUUUUCAACUUGUCGUGUUGCUGGGGCUGCAAAUCAGCUAACAUGUGCUCCCAUUCCUCUAUCAAGUAAGCAAAGGCACAGAAAAAUUCAUUUACGGAUUGAAGAUUACAAAAGUCGAAUAGUCAUUCAGCAUACCAUGCAUGCAUGUGCACACAUCGCAGAUGUUCCUAAUCGAGCGCAUACGCGCUGUUCGAUAGAGAGCAAAAACACUUUCGCAGCUUCUAAAUAUGUAUAUAGCCGAACAGCCCGCAUUCCUAGAUGGAUGCACAUUGAGCAAAUGUUCGCUUUCGAGCCGAACGUGAUGGAUUGCUCUUUACAGCUACGAGCUUGCACGUCCGUCGUGGACACACCCAACGUGCUUCUUUUGCCAGUAGGUGUCAAAAUGGCCACAAUUUCGAACUGUUCUGGCAAUUCAAUGUUGAGUUGUCGUAUCUCAUUGAAAAAUUGCGGUGAAUCAGACCAUUGCAUGCAGAACGCGACUCGUAAUUUCACCGUAAGCCUUUCAUGCGCGAGUUUUCGACGAGCGAGGUUCGACGCAGAUAUUAAGCUUAAGCGUCAAGCAAAAAUAAAAGUUAUCUAUACCAACUCGCUUUAUCGAAAGGACACCAUGGGAAGAAAAGAUGCUAUAAACUUCUCUACUAUACUCUGUACCAAUCCAAUUCAGCGCGCAUCGCUCAAAUUCGAAAGCGGUGUGAACACGACGCAACUGAUUUCAUCGUCUUUUUGUGCUUUACAGAAUGUAGCGACACAUGUUCAGGUUGCCGAAUUGGGCCUAAGUACCACACAUACCCCGUGUAUAUCUUCUGCAGUUGAGACAGUAUGCAAGAUUGCGUGCGAAGAAAUAAGUACUCCGUACUACAUCAAAUCAAUGGGGUCUUACGACAUUACAAGAAAUAUGGGUUGUAGAGACCAUACUAUCCCGCAGUGCUCAUACAUCGACAGUUUGGGCACGGAACAAACGACAAUUUCACACAAAGUAGUAUCUGUGCGCUUUCUUGAGGCGCAGCGCGUAAAAGCGACAAUAUCUUCGCGUUACCUCCCAAGAAUACUAGAUAGUACAUUCUCCACUGAUACGAUGCAGUUCGAUGGCGGCAUCUUGAUGAGCGGAGGACUAGGCGCACUCUCCACCAUUAUUGCUCGCCACAUAUACACUAACAAGCCACGCACGGGUGAGCUCAUAUGUGCAUCGAGAAGCGGUCGGAGCGCACGAUUUGAUCUCAACCAUUCAUGUCCCUUUAUGGAGAUAUCUGUGCACAAAAUUGAUGUCGCGAGUUGGGCUGACUUUUCGGCAACUUUUGCAGCACCAAAUCUUGCGUGCGAGUAUGUGCUACAUGCUUCGGGUUUGUUAUAUGAUGGCUUGAGUGUACACCAAAAUCCGAAUAAGAUUAGAACUGUCUGCGCGCCCAAGCACCGAGCCGCUGAAAAACUUCAAUGCGCCUUCAGUCUCACUGCUUUACGGGCAUGGUUGGUCUUUUCAUCGACAUCACAUGUCCUAAAAUCCACCGGACAAGCAAAUUAUGCUGCAGCUAAUGCCAUGACUGAUUCAUUCGCACAAAACCAGACACAGUGUGGUAAUGUGUGGAAAAGUAUACAAUGGGGUGCUUGGGAUUGUACUGACGGUAUGUCGACGCCCACAGUAUUGCAAAGACUCCACGAUUUAGGCGUUGGUAGCGUGGAUGAAAAAUCGGCACUUUGUAUGCUGGAUAAGAUUCUCUCAUCGAAAGGGCUAUCGAUCGUUCUAGUCAACAAGUUCAAGGAGCUACCGCAUCAAAGACGUCCACGUGCUCGAAAACUCCAUGAGCACACGAAUCUUUCUAAAAAUGAAAGGGGCUUUGUUGAGCGCGACGCUGGCAAAGACAUCCCAGUGAAAAUGCCAAUGAGAAGUUUCGAGGACAUACGUCUAAGUGUGAGUGCGAUUGUUUCAUCCGUAAUGGGAAUGCGUGUACAAGACGACGUAUCGCUGGUGGAAAUGGGUAUAGAUUCUAUAGUGUCCGUGGACAUUCGUGAUCAAAUCUCAAGCGCCCUCAAUUCGGAUUUGCCAGUGACGUUGGUAUUCAACUAUCCAACCGUUCGAGACAUUUCAGCAUACCUCGCUACAUUGUUGUCUUACCAGGAUUCAGUUCCGAGUUUGCAAUCGAAUCUCAUGCUUGAAGCCGCGAGCAACGACGAUUCAAUUCACAGCAUUCCUAUUCUUAGCUCUCUCUUGCCAAACUCUGACAAUCAUAUGGGAACAAGAUGGUCUACUGAUGUCGACCACACAAUAGGAAAGUCAGUACGAUGCGGAGUCACUAUCGAAUCUCCUGAUCGAUUCGAUUGUAGUUAUUUCAAUGUUGGUCGACAGGAAGCUCUUUACAUCGAUCCACAACAUCGCAUUGUGCUGAUGUUGGUGGAUAAUUGUGUAUCAGUCGUGAAAGACAUGGACAACAGCUGGGGGGUAGGUGUUGGAAUUUCAAGCGCCGAGUAUGCAACUCUGUGUGCGUACUCAGAAAGUAAUUUCCUUGGUACCGGUACUAUCGCCAGUGUUGCAAGUGGACGUAUUUCAUACACCUUUGCGCUAAGUGGUAGAAGUGUAUGUGUCGAUACAGCUUGCUCGUCAGCUUUGAUUUGUGUCACCAUGUUUCAUCGAACGUUGGACACUCACAUGCGUGGGUGUUGCCUAGGGGGGAUAAAUCUCACGCUACUGGAACGUUCUUCCUUGAUAUUUGAGAUGUCCAAAAUGCUUUCAGCAGACGGCCAUUGUAAAACCCUUGAUGCGUCUGCAGAUGGAUACGUACGGGCAGAAGCGGGUAUGAUGCAUAUUCUAUUGUGGAGGCAUACGUUGGUAUCAAACUCGAUAAUCCUCCACGGUAGCGCAGCGAAUCAAGAUGGUCGCUCUAGUUCGCUCACUGCUCCCAGUGGGCUAGCACAGGAAGCCGUGAUGAAAUUAGCGACACAACGCAGGGACGUUUCGGUCGAAACUAUUCAACUGCACGGCACUGGUACAAUUCUAGGUGAUCCGAUUGAGUUGAGUGCUACUAUGAGUGCAUACUCAUAUAGUUCAUAUACUGUCGCCUUACAGGCGAAUAAGUCACACUGCGGGCAUGCGGAACCAGCAUCAGGUUCCAUCAAUAUCUUGAAAGCUUCUGAGAGUGUCUCAUCUAGUAAGUGCAUCUCAAUCCGAUUGUUGAGGUGUAUCAACACACAUAUAUCCGAGACAUUCAACCAAGCACAUAAGAACUCCAUGCGUUCACCUCGUGCAAUCGUCCCGUUGUUGAACGCACAUUUUUCAUCAGAAACUCAUGCAUCUGUCAGCGCGUUUGCAUUCCAAGGCACAAACGCGCACGCCAUAUUGCAGAAUCGGAUAAAACGCGCGACGAAUCUCCCGAUCCGAUGGUCCAUGCGUUUGCUGCAGAGAGAUCGUAUUUGGAUAACUCCGACUUUGCCUCAACGUCUUCAUUCAUUGACCGUUGCAAAGAGCACACAUGUUGUCAUGCAAGGUAACAUCAUCAGCACUAAUAAUACCGGGUUAUUUGAUCACUCUGUUCACGGGAAAGCAAUCUUACCAGCUGCGAGUAUGUUGUUACUCUGCUCAUCUGCAGUUCGCAUGUUCGUUGAAACCAAAAUUCGCAAUAUGUGUGACGUGACUAUCCCAACUGCGCGGGUCAUUUUGCCGGCCAACGGAAAGGCACAAAUCAAUGAUAUUCGUAUAGAUACGACGUCUAGCGCACUGGAAAUGUACUCCGAAAGUAUCUUGUUUUUUAAAUGCCUUUGGAAAUGUACACGAAGUACAAAAGUAUAUCAAACACACGAAUAUGCUAACCCACUGGUAUUCGAUAAUAAUACUAUGGUGUGCACUAGCCGUAGUUCAAUCAAAAUAGAUUUCUUCCACGAUUACCACAGCUCGUCGCUUGAUAACACCUUUCAAUCCUGCGCCGCUCUGCACUCACCCAAGUCAUUUUCAUCGUACAUACCUACUGGUUUGCGAGAGCUGUAUUUGUCAAAUGCCUUUACAGAUGUCAUAGACAGGACAACGUACGUAAAGAUCCCAUUGACUACUAAAAUAUCACGAGAGCCACUGUCCGAAGCAGAUUACUCCAUGUAUGCAGAUAAUUUUAGCAUUGGCUCGGUGAUCAAGUUUCGAAUGAAAAGCUCUCGUAUCCGCGCUUCCAUCCACAAGGUGCAUAAAAACACUCUGUGGAACCUUGUGCGUUAUCGCGCAAGCAAACAUCUUAGUGACUUACAUGGGCAUAGUUUUCAGUACUUUCCGUGGGCGUCAGCCGAUUCAUCUUGUCUCAAUCGAACAGCUUUGGCAGUCAUAUCUCAUGUUUCGGCGCGUUCAUAUCGGAUUGACACUCACAUACCGCGUCACACAUAUUCAUGGUCAAUGUACAGCUCACCGUUACCAAAAAAUUCCAACAUUUACUCGAAAAUGAAGACGUGUGAAAUCGCCGCCACGUAUCUAAAAAUUGAAGCUAUGGGUAUCAGUGCCACAAAACACCUCCCAGGUAUCGGCAAGUUGCAAAAUGAUGACGAGGUACACGUGAUUCCUAGUCGAAUUCCAAAUAUUUUUAUUUGUGAAAAUAAUUCAUAUUACGGGACUAGUUUAAGAAAUGGCGUUUCGAUAUCCGGUGCGACUGGCGCUAUCGGGUCGUGUCUUUCGUUAUUUCUUCUACACUCCGACGCUAGCAAUCUUUCCCUCUCGAGUCGUCGUGGUUGGAGCGCUCAUAUUGCAAAACUCCGAGUGCAUUCGAGGUUUGGACAGAGCAUAGUUCGAUCAUUUAAGAGUGAUCGCGGAAUUGCACGAGAAGGCUUGACUUCAAUCGAUCGCAAUAGAAUAAAUACAUUUGUGUACGCCAGUGGGUCAUUGUGUGAUGCUGUUGUGCUCCGACAGACUCCAGAAACGAUGUCUACUGUAACCUCUGCAAAAGUACUAGGAUAUGUUCGUGACCACGCCUUAGCAAAUAUACAAGCUCAACGAUCAAUCGCGUGCUCGUCAAUAACUGGCUUUAUUUAUUCAUUCGGUCAAAUGAAUUAUUCAAUAUCAAAUAACGUGUUAGAUGAAUGUGUGAAGUUGAUGUUCAACAGCGGAUUCUCUAGUUCCAGUGUCCAAUUUGGUGCAUGGACGGACGCCGUCUUUGGAAUGGCCCGCCUGGACGCACAUUUGGAGAAGCGCUUAUUAGCAUCUAUAAACGUCGCCCACGGCUUGUUUAUGCUAAACCUUUCUAUGUUGAAUGCCUGUACGGUACCCACAUACAUAGCGUCGCGUCUGCCUGCGCUCACUAGCCCUUCCACACCGAAUAUCGUAUCAGAUUCAAUUCAGACAAAAACUAGUUCAUAUUCUUUUGAUACGAUUGCCGAUUUUCUACGACACGCGAUAAUGUCAUCGAUCGACAUGGAAACGUAUACAUAUAUUGAUGAUGCGCAGCCUAUUAUGCAGCUUGGACUUGACAGCUUGGCGCUUGCUGACCUUCGAUCGUCUAUAAACGCCAAAUUCCAGAUAGACUUGCCAAUUAUAUCAAUGUUCGAUUAUCCAACAGUGCAUGAGCUAAGCAAAGCAAUCUUCUCAUUCACGGACGCGCGUACAACUUCAGAUUCAGUGAUUUCACUCGAUUUGAAAUCGAAAUCACUGGGAUUGAAUCCUCACGAAGGAACAGGAUCGAAUGUUCACAAAAUAUCAAACAUUUCACUUCGAUAUCCAAACAACAUAAAGAAUUUGCAAAGCUUGCGGACGUCACUGGUCACUGGUGCUGAAUUGCAAAGACGGCUUUCUACUCGUUUUGACGUUGAGCUUCUCAGUGGAUCUACGCGAUUUGCUGUGUUGUUGCGCGACAUCUUUUACUUUGACAACACUAUAUUCCACUUGACACCUCAAGAAACGAUAUGCAUGGACCCGCAGCAACGUCAUUUGUUGAAUUGUUGCAUCGAAUGCUUGCAUGGUGUAUCUGACACGAAAAUAUAUCAUCAUAUGGGGGUAUUUAUUGGCGUAAUGUGGAAUGACUACCAGUUCAUUCUGAGAUCGACAAAAUGGGCGUUCUAUGCGUACGCAGGUACAGGUAAUGGUAUUUCGUUCCUCGCUAGCAGACCAUCGUUCACCUUCGGAAUGAAUGGGCCGAGCAUCGCGAUAGAUACGGCAUGCUCCUCGUCAAUGGUAGCGGCGCACUUAGCGUGUGCAAGUAUGGAUGGCUCACAUGCUUCGUCUACGUUGUCUGGCGGCACGCAAUGUAUACUGAUUCCGGAUACCUUCGUGACUUUGUCAUCUCUCGGUGCUAUUGCUUACGAUGGCCGAUGCAAAACCUUAGAUGCUGGAGCGGACGGAUAUGGAAGAGGAGAAGCAUUUGGUCUUUUACAUUUAGAACCAGUCCAGCCAGCCCAUAGAUAUGAAAGCCGACACGAUUUUGUGUUAUCGGCGUGCACUGUGAACCAAGAUGGGCGCUCAAGUUCGUUCACGGCUCCCAACGGACCAAGCCAGCAGAAGUUGAUCCAAGUCGCGUUGCUACGCAUUGAAAAUGCGUCGAGUCGUAGCUGCUAUCUUUCACUCCAUGGAACUGGAACCUCGCUUGGAGACUCGAUCGAGCUCAGUAGCCUAAUGCAACUUCAAUCAUGCUUUUCAUUUCUUCUCAUUGGAACCAGUAAAAGUUCACUAGGCCAUACCGAAGGUAGCGCGGGAGUAGUUGGCAUUCUCGAUUCUAUAGUCUGCUCAACGCACGCUGUUAAUUUUGGAAUGCGCCUUUGUCGUAAUCUGAAUCCACAUCUUAGUGUAUUCACACACGUGGCCAGCGAAGGGAAUGUUCACAUUGCACGAGCGAUGACAACAGCGCCGCAAAUCGAGCUUACGGCUUCUUCUUCUUUUGGAAUGAGUGGCGUUAAUGCGCACACAAUUAUCCGCGCGAUUCCAUCGAAGUUGACGCAUCGUUGUUGCUCGACAAGAGCGCGUUUACUUUGUUCGCAAAUGUUCCAUGCUGGUGUUGGUACUUUGUAUUCAAAUGUGCAACUUAUAAGUGUCUUUAAAUCAGCGUCGAGAGCGGUUUUCACCGUCAAUAUAUGUAGACCUGCUUGGUCUAGCUUACACGACCACAGCGUGAACCACACGCCCGUUCUACCCGCAGCUGCAUCAUUGAUUAUUCCGAUAAUUCCCUUGGACGACUUGCUCAUUGAUAGCGUGCUUCAAAUGAAGACAAUCUUGCUGAUUCCAAUCGUACUGAAGCAGCUUGAUACGAUAUCAGUGGUAACAUAUCGAGAUAGCACUAUGCGACUCAUGUUGCGUUCUGGCGAGAGCGCAACAACCUCCAAAUUCCGAAAAACAAAUGAUGGUUCCAAUAUCAGGGAACCUUUCCAGCAGCUUGGGCAUUGCAUUCGUUCACGGCGUGGUGCUCUUAAGACAAAGAUGUCAAAGUACGUCGGCUCAGCAUGCGCGACCGUCGGAGCAGCACAUCUGAUUGAUUGCUCCAUGCACAUUUUGUAUUGCUUGAUGGACAAAGAAAAUAACGACGUGGUUCACGUACCAGCAGUGAUACAUAUAUUUCAACUGCAGCAGCUGCCUUUAGAGCACCAGUUUGAGAGCUCGUCCUCAGCAAAGAAGAAAGAUGCACCCGAGAGUAAUCAUACGACAUCAAAUCUUGCACUAUUGCGCCGUUUACAAUGCAAACCUUUGAGUACUAUGAAUCGUGCUUUCGAAAGAGAAAACUUGAACAAGAAAGUGCAAUCAAGUGUGCUAUAUGCACUAAUGUGGUGCGCAGUGCAUCAUAUCAAGCACGUUUGUCCGCAAACCCCACACUCAUACAAUCUGGGACGCAGUAUGGAUACUAACACAUCGACUUCAUACCGAUAUGCCCCGUCUUACGCUGCGAUGAUGCAAAAUGUGCAUGCGUCAAUACGGCUUGUUGGGCUCGCCACAUCAAGCACACCAGUUGGUCGCGCGGGAGAAAAUAUGUCAAAUGUCAUUUCAGCAUCUGUGAUACACACAAUAUCGAUGGUCUCUGUAGCUGAUCUCAAUCAAACUUAUCACUUGGACGUGCACAGCGACUCUCCACUAUCGCUAAAGCGAGCGUCGAGCCACUUUAAGAAGGCAGAAUGUGAAAGUCGUGCAGAACCAAUUCAGUCUCAAUAUUUGGCUCGAGCUAGAUAUGUUCCAAUGAUACACGGAUGCCGAAAAGUACCAUUGAAUAACUUUGUACUUCAACCAAGUCCCAGAGGUGCGAUAAAAGAUCUGACUCCCGUACCGAGUAUAGCUUUGGAUAGUGGAAUCACAGUAUCAAAGCCAUUUGUUAGAACGCGGAUUCUUGCCGUAGGGCUGAACUUCAGGGACGUUUUGAAUAUUCUAGAUAUGUACCCUGGGGUGACAGAACCACCGGGUACAGACUUUUCAGGCAUAAUUGACGAUGUGUACUCUCAUUCACACGGAGAUGCUAUAUUUGGCUUGACGACUGGUUGUCUCGGUGACGUAGCUUACGUACACCGUUCAUUAUUUAGCAUAAAACCGCCGCGAGUAAAUUUUAUCGAAGCUUCGGCGAUUCCGACAGUUUUUCUCACCGUCGACGAAUGUUUUAGCUCCAUUCGUCGACUUAAAACCACUCCAGCUCAUCUUCUCGUACAUGGGACGACGGGUGGCGUUGGACUUGCGAUAAAAUCGAUAUGUUCUAUGAUGGGUGACUCGCUCUCUGGAACAUCGAGUAAUGUGAAGAAACGGCAUUUGAUGCGAUACCUUGGUAUUCCAUGCAUGAGCAACUCACGAUCGACUAAGUUUUCGCAGUCAGUAUUUUUAAGCUCUUUAUCACGAAGUUGUCCCGUCGACGUAGUCUUAAAUACGCUUACAUCACCUGGCAUGAUUGCGGCCUCCUUGUCGAUAUUGAAUGUACACGCUACAUUUUUAGAGCUAUCAAAGCGCGGUAUUUGGUCAGCCGACGCGUUCGAAAAAGAAAACUAUAAAGCAACUUAUGAAGUCAAGGCUAUUGAUCACCAGUCUAUUGCUGAACUCAGUUUUCGUUUAUCAUUACUGGGGUUGUUUAUGUGUGCUGGUUUGAUACAGCCAUCGAUAUGUUUGAGCAACGAAUUUCGGUUCAUCCGUCAAAGCAUGAGGGAAAUGACGAGAGCGUCCCACAUUGGAAAAGUCGUCGUGUAUCACAAAACUGUGAUGUCUGGUCAUCAAUUAGUCACGGGUGGAACUGGAGCGAUUGGAAUACUGCUCACACGGUGGUUGCUGGGUAUUGGUGCAAAUAGUGUUAUACUUCUAUCACGUAAUGGUCAUAAUAAUGGAAUAAUGAGAUUGCCAAGGGAUAGCCGCUUGCACUUCACACUGGAGAACGCAGACAUAUCAUGCUCCGAAUUCUCGACAAUUUUCAGAUCGUUGUCUUUGUCUGACUCUGUGGGAAUAUUUCACACUAGUGGAGUUCUAAGAGAUGCGUUGAUCUGCGAUCAGACAUCAGCUCACUUGGCUGAAGUGUCUGCACCGAAAGUGAGUGGGGUAAAACGAUUGCAUAGUGCGCUAAAAGAUGCCUACCUGGUGAAAACAUUUCUAAAUUUCUCAUCCCUGGCGGCGACCAUUGCUUCAAUUGGUCAAAGUAACUAUACGUAUGCAAACAGUUGGUUAGAUCAAUGGAGUUCAACUUGCAAAGAACGUGGCAUGGUAAACGAGUCAAUUCAAUGGGGUGCAUGGCUCGCUGGUGAUGGAAUGGCUAAUUCUGACGGUAUUUCUCGUCGUAUGGAACGAGUUGGUCUUCAAUACAUACAACCAUCAGUUGCUAUGUCUAUAAUCCAGACGCGUCUCGAUCACUCCAUACUACAUCACAAUUUUACACUAUUAUCGCAGCAGUUGAUAGCGACCGGACUAAACUGGAGUAGGUUCAUGUCAUUCGCAGUGAAAAAUCGCUUCCUGUACGGAAAGAAGCAAAACUUCAAUCAAGCGGGGAACGUAGACAGCAAGAAUACGGCCUCUGCCAAAGACACAGAAGUACUGGUAGUACAAAAACUAUUGCAAAUUUUCAAGGAAGUCUCUGGUCAUGAACUCACUGCUGACUCCGCGAUAAUGGAGGCCGGUGUUGAUUCGCUUGGUGCCGUUGAGAGUCGUAACGCGAUAGCAGAUGCUUUUACAAUUACCGACCUUCCGAGUACCCUCAUAUUCGAUUACCCCACGGUCAAGAGUAUAGCAGGAUUGAUCCUAGGGGCUGAGAACGAAAUAAAAAGAACAGAAACAGAACUGCCAAUUGACAGCCCAACUCGUUCGAUUGAAGUACGCAUAUCAUCAGUCAGCAGCCCCGGGCAGUAUCAGCACGCACUGGAUGACGUAAGUGGUGUGCCUGAAAAUCGGUGGGAUAUUAGAGCCGACGAUUACGCCCUGAUACGGUUUGGUAGAUUUCUCCAUAACAUUGAAUAUUUUGAUAUUGCCCUGUUUUCAAUGCGACGUGCAGAAGCUACUGCCGUGGACCCACAGCAGCGCAUCCUUCUAGCGCGCGCCUUAGAUGGGCGCGCACAUGCAGUAAACGGCCAAUAUAGCGAGGGAUGUGGCGUUGUUGUCGGUAUAUCUAGCACUGAUUACAGCGCGAUCACCUCUCGUGCCGGCAAGCUUCAAGCAACUGGUGGCUCACUCAGUGUUGCGUGUGGACGGAUUUCUUUCACAUACAAUCUGCGCGGAACGUGUGCAAGCAUCGACACAGCGUGCUCGUCGUCUUUAGUUGGAUCACAUGUAGCGCGUAACGCAGUGCUCACGGGAGAAUGCGACAGCAUGAUAUGUUGCGGCGUGAACAUCACCCUGAACCCGACGACGACUAUUGUUUUUAGAACUGCGGGGAUGCUGGCAGAUGAUGGGCGAUGUAAGACUCUGGACAUGGCUGCAAACGGCUACGUUCGAGGAGAAGGAUCAACGUUGCUGCUCUUGACACCGCACAGCGACGGCGUGCGCGACGACUACUGCAUGUUUUACGCUUCUGCAUCUUCUGUCAACCAAGAUGGACGCUCAAGCUCUCUCACAGCCCCCCAUGGCCCAUCGCAGCAGAGCGUGAUUUUGCACACCAUGCUCCAGUCUGGUAAUGAUAACAGCUCUUCUGGUGGUAUAGAGCUUCAUGGUACUGGCACGUCUCUGGGGGAUCCUAUAGAAGUUGGCGCAGCGCGCACCGUACUUAGCAGCCUCAAAAGAUUGCCAGUCGUUACUUUUUCAGCAAUGAAGACUCGCUGCGGACACACCGAGCCAGCUUCGGGCGGUAUGGGUCUGUGUGGCAUUGUUGAUUGCAUAUUUCGCUUGAACACUCCUGCGCUCGUGCACCUAUGCCAGCUCAGCACCCACAUUCAGAGUAUUCUGAAUCAAGAUACGGCUGAGCGAUGCGGAAUCGCUCUUCCACGCCAGGCAACGCAAAGUGCGUGGCAAUGUGAUGCACACGCCGUAAACCGAGGAGUGAGCGCGUUUGCAUUUCAAGGAACGAACGCACACGUAUCUGUUCGACGCGAUUACGUGAUGAAAUCCUUGCCAGAUGCUUCUGUCAUGCAACACAGCAUCGAGUGUUGGAUAUCACAUGCUGCCUUUGGCCUGCGGCUCGUGCACGCAGUCGAGACGAGCGAAUGCCUACGGAUUCAACUCCCACCAUUAAAAACACGACAUAUAGAUCGCGAUCACUGCGUUCGUGGCCGCUUGGUUCUCCCCGCUACCAGCUUUCUGGAGCUGACCCUCACUUGUGUAAAGCAACUCCACACAAUGACUGUUAACGUGGUGCGUCGCACGCAAAUACAUGCUGCCUGUUUGUUGGAUACUUGGCGCAACGAUGCAUUAUCGUUCAAAAUAUCGCAAACUACCGGCAGUAUUUCCGUAUCGUCACAACGAGCAGGGCACACGUCUUGUAAAGUAGUGCAGACCAUGCUCACGCAACGAACUCCAUCGCCGAAAGUGUAUUACGCAAACGUCUCCAAAUCCAGCCUUGAUUUGCACUUCAAAGUUCAUAGUAAAAAGGUGCAAACACUAGAUCAGUCGUUUGCCGCAGAGCUCGAUGCGCACGUGCAGAGCUUAUCAGCUCUCAGGCUAAAUACUUUCAGUGAUGAUAGCUUUGAAUUGCACUUGCCAGUGAGUCUCGAAAUCUGCACACACCAAACUUCGUUGGCACGGUCCCGAGACCACGCACUAUCACGCUUCUCGCCGCAAAAGAUGCAGAGUGACCAUAUAGCACAGCAAGCGACGGAAAAUCAACUUGCGAUGCACGAACUACUGGGCAAAAAGGUUGCGUCUCACUCAGAGCCUGCAGCGAUGGGAUCAGAGCGCUAUUAUGGUGGGAGGCAAGGAAGACACGCCAUCGAUAUGAUAUAUCGCGCCACGUGGAAAACCGAGAACACAUACAGAGGACCGCUUCUCCGUACAGAAGGUGUCACGAACGUAUACUCGCAUUUAGCUGCGGGGAGGCAAAGUGCAUCACGCGUGGCUUCUCUUGCCGUGCAGAGUUUACAUGCAAGUUCCAAUCUAUGCGUGAUUCGCACGACAGCAACAGAGCUGGUGUCAGCCUGUCCACGCCUAUGUGCUGACACGCAGAGCUCUAUCGGUCGAUGUAUUCCGGUCGCUGGUGCCAUGUGGGGUAUCUUCAGGAGUGGCGCACAUGAGAUGUCACAGCGUUUAGUGUGCGUUGAUUUGGGCGCAUCAAGUAUUGUGCACGCAAAAGCAACCGACUUUCUUCAUUCAAAUUCUGAUUCGAACGAGGUGCAUGCCAAAUCAAUAUCGAAUCGCCAUGUCCGCACGCCGACGUUAUCGAAGGUCUGUCCGAAUUUACACGCAAAAAUGUUGUGGCGAGACCCACGUCGAGCGAUGGCAAAGCACAUCGCACAGUGCGACUCUAAUGCGCUUCUACACCCGUGCAGCGACAUUUACACCGGUGGUGUCGGUGGCAUCGGAGCGCUUAUCUAUGAAUGGAAUGCAUCCAUCUGUGAUAGACCCUUCGUACUCGUGGGGCGUUCCGGAAGAGGAAAACAUAUCGCGCCGGCAAAAUUUACAUCCCUGCUUACCAUCCAACGUGUAAACCUUUGUGUCAGAAGCGAAACAGAACGCUUGGUUUCGUGUAGUGUGCGAAAUGUCGGUCGGGUAUUGCACAUGAGCGGUGUUCUCAAAGAUUCAAUCCUAAUGAAGCAAACGUUUUCCACAGUCUCGAUUGCGUUUGCAAACAAAACACAAGGUGCACAAGCGGUGUGUCAUGAAAAUCUCCCUCAAAUGUCUUUGACACAUGUUUUCUUCUCGUCCAUAGCUGCAUUGCUCGGCUCGCCGGGUCAAACUAACUAUGCAGGUGCUAACGCACUGCUCGACACACUCGCUCAACUCGGCACGACGAUGGGAUGGCGGUGCAUGAGUCUCCAGUGGGGACCCUGGGGUGGAUCCUAUGGCAUGGCUGUGCGUUCUGCAGUGGGUACACCCAGAAACUUUGGAUCUCUAGGGAUAGAAGUGAUUGACCCACACACUGCGCUGAGAACGCUACGCACUCUCAUUCAACCUCCAAAUAUGUUCUCAAUCUACGCCGUUUGCCCACUGCGUGCAACCGGCUUACAUGCAUGGAGUGUAUCUACAUCACACAGUGCGGUUUCCCCGCCAAAUGCACCAUACGUCGAUCAAAAUAGCACACAACUCAAGAUCAAGAUAUCAGCCGGAGAACGUGGCGUACCAUCAUGCGUGAUCCACGGCGACGAAAUUGCGGGACGUGUAGCGAGUAUAGUGAAUGAUGCGGUUGGUAGACCAUUGGAUGCAAAGGAGCCACUGUUGGAUGCGGGUCUUGACUCACUCGGCGCCGUUGAAUUGCGAAGCAGACUGAACGAUGAAUUCGCUGUGCAGCUCCCGUCGACGGUUGUAUUUGAUCAUCCUAGCGUAUAUGCACUUGCAGAAGCCGUGGCGGGUGAACUGUCGCAUGGAAAAUCGAAUUACGGAAGUGCACAGGUGCUCCGUAAUAGUACUAUUGAUGUCACGUACUCAGCUCAAGUGUGCAUAUCAUCAGUCAGCAGCCCCGGGCAGUAUCAGCACGCACUGGAUGACGUAAGUGGUGUGCCUGAAAAUCGGUGGGAUAUUAGAGCCGACGAUUACGCCCUGAUACGGUUUGGUAGAUUUCUCCAUAACAUUGAAUAUUUUGAUAUUGCCCUGUUUUCAAUGCGACGUGCAGAAGCUACUGCCGUGGACCCACAGCAGCGCAUCCUUCUAGCGCGCGCCUUAGAUGGGCGCGCACAUGCAGUAAACGGCCAAUAUAGCGAGGGAUGUGGCGUUGUUGUCGGUAUAUCUAGCACUGAUUACAGCGCGAUCACCUCUCGUGCCGGCAAGCUUCAAGCAACUGGUGGCUCACUCAGUGUUGCGUGUGGACGGAUUUCUUUCACAUACAAUCUGCGCGGAACGUGUGCAAGCAUCGACACAGCGUGCUCGUCGUCUUUAGUUGGAUCACAUGUAGCGCGUAACGCAGUGCUCACGGGAGAAUGCGACAGCAUGAUAUGUUGCGGCGUGAACAUCACCCUGAACCCGACGACGACUAUUGUUUUUAGAACUGCGGGGAUGCUGGCAGAUGAUGGGCGAUGUAAGACUCUGGACAUGGCUGCAAACGGCUACGUUCGAGGAGAAGGAUCAACGUUGCUGCUCUUGACACCGCACAGCGACGGCGUGCGCGACGACUACUGCAUGUUUUACGCUUCUGCAUCUUCUGUCAACCAAGAUGGACGCUCAAGCUCUCUCACAGCCCCCCAUGGCCCAUCGCAGCAGAGCGUGAUUUUGCACACCAUGCUCCAGUCUGGUAAUGAUAACAGCUCUUCUGGUGGUAUAGAGCUUCAUGGUACUGGCACGUCUCUGGGGGAUCCUAUAGAAGUUGGCGCAGCGCGCACCGUACUUAGCAGCCUCAAAAGAUUGCCAGUCGUUACUUUUUCAGCAAUGAAGACUCGCUGCGGACACACCGAGCCAGCUUCGGGCGGUAUGGGUCUGUGUGGCAUUGUUGAUUGCAUAUUUCGCUUGAACACUCCUGCGCUCGUGCACCUAUGCCAGCUCAGCACCCACAUUCAGAGUAUUCUGAAUCAAGAUACGGCUGAGCGAUGCGGAAUCGCUCUUCCACGCCAGGCAACGCAAAGUGCGUGGCAAUGUGAUGCACACGCCGUAAACCGAGGAGUGAGCGCGUUUGCAUUUCAAGGAACGAACGCACACGUAUCUGUUCGACGCGAUUACGUGAUGAAAUACUUGCCAGAUGCUUCUGUCAUGCAACACAGCAUCGAGUGUUGGAUAUCACAUGCUGCCUUUGGCCUGCGGCUCGUGCACGCAGUCGAGACGAGCGAAUGCCUACGGAUUCAACUCCCACCAUUAAAAACACGACAUAUAGAUCGCGAUCACUGCGUUCGUGGCCGCUUGGUUCUCCCCGCUACCAGCUUUCUGGAGCUGACCCUCACUUGUGUAAAGCAACUCCACACAAUGACUGUUAACGUGGUGCGUCGCACGCAAAUACAUGCUGCCUGUUUGUUGGAUACUUGGCGCAACGAUGCAUUAUCGUUCAAAAUAUCGCAAACUACCGGCAGUAUUUCCGUAUCGUCACAACGAGCAGGGCACACGUCUUGUAAAGUAGUGCAGACCAUGCUCACGCAACGAACUCCAUCGCCGAAAGUGUAUUACGCAAACGUCUCCAAAUCCAGCCUUGAUUUGCACUUCAAAGUUCAUAGUAAAAAGGUGCAAACACUAGAUCAGUCGUUUGCCGCAGAGCUCGAUGCGCACGUGCAGAGCUUAUCAGCUCUCAGGCUAAAUACUUUCAGUGAUGAUAGCUUUGAAUUGCACUUGCCAGUGAGUCUCGAAAUCUGCACACACCAAACUUCGUUGGCACGGUCCCGAGACCACGCACUAUCACGCUUCUCGCCGCAAAAGAUGCAGAGUGACCAUAUAGCACAGCAAGCGACGGAAAAUCAACUUGCGAUGCACGAACUACUGGGCAAAAAGGUUGCGUCUCACUCAGAGCCUGCAGCGAUGGGAUCAGAGCGCUAUUAUGGUGGGAGGCAAGGAAGACACGCCAUCGAUAUGAUAUAUCGCGCCACGUGGAAAACCGAGAACACAUACAGAGGACCGCUUCUCCGUACAGAAGGUGUCACGAACGUAUACUCGCAUUUAGCUGCGGGGAGGCAAAGUGCAUCACGCGUGGCUUCUCUUGCCGUGCAGAGUUUACAUGCAAGUUCCAAUCUAUGCGUGAUUCGCACGACAGCAACAGAGCUGGUGUCAGCCUGUCCACGCCUAUGUGCUGACACGCAGAGCUCUAUCGGUCGAUGUAUUCCGGUCGCUGGUGCCAUGUGGGGUAUCUUCAGGAGUGGCGCACAUGAGAUGUCACAGCGUUUAGUGUGCGUUGAUUUGGGCGCAUCAAGUAUUGUGCACGCAAAAGCAACCGACUUUCUUCAUUCAAAUUCUGAUUCGAACGAGGUGCAUGCCAAAUCAAUAUCGAAUCGCCAUGUCCGCACGCCGACGUUAUCGAAGGUCUGUCCGAAUUUACACGCAAAAAUGUUGUGGCGAGACCCACGUCGAGCGAUGGCAAAGCACAUCGCACAGUGCGACUCUAAUGCGCUUCUACACCCGUGCAGCGACAUUUACACCGGUGGUGUCGGUGGCAUCGGAGCGCUUAUCUAUGAAUGGAAUGCAUCCAUCUGUGAUAGACCCUUCGUACUCGUGGGGCGUUCCGGAAGAGGAAAACAUAUCGCGCCGGCAAAAUUUACAUCCCUGCUUACCAUCCAACGUGUAAACCUUUGUGUCAGAAGCGAAACAGAACGCUUGGUUUCGUGUAGUGUGCGAAAUGUCGGUCGGGUAUUGCACAUGAGCGGUGUUCUCAAAGAUUCAAUCCUAAUGAAGCAAACGUUUUCCACAGUCUCGAUUGCGUUUGCAAACAAAACACAAGGUGCACAAGCGGUGUGUCAUGAAAAUCUCCCUCAAAUGUCUUUGACACAUGUUUUCUUCUCGUCCAUAGCUGCAUUGCUCGGCUCGCCGGGUCAAACUAACUAUGCAGGUGCUAACGCACUGCUCGACACACUCGCUCAACUCGGCACGACGAUGGGAUGGCGGUGCAUGAGUCUCCAGUGGGGACCCUGGGGUGGAUCCUAUGGCAUGGCUGUGCGUUCUGCAGUGGGUACACCCAGAAACUUUGGAUCUCUAGGGAUAGAAGUGAUUGACCCACACACUGCGCUGAGAACGCUACGCACUCUCAUUCAACCUCCAAAUAUGUUCUCAAUCUACGCCGUUUGCCCACUGCGUGCAACCGGCUUACAUGCAUGGAGUGUACCUACAUCACACAGUGCGGUUUCCCCGCCAAAUGCACCAUACGUCGAUCAAAAUAGCACACAACUCAAGAUCAAGAUAUCAGCCGGAGAACGUGGCGUACCAUCAUGCGUGAUCCACGGCGACGAAAUUGCGGGACGUGUAGCGAGUAUAGUGAAUGAUGCGGUUGGUAGACCAUUGGAUGCAAAGGAGCCACUGUUGGAUGCGGGUCUUGACUCACUCGGCGCCGUUGAAUUGCGAAGCAGACUGAACGAUGAAUUCGCUGUGCAGCUCCCGUCGACGGUUGUAUUUGAUCAUCCUAGCGUAUAUGCACUUGCAGAAGCCGUGGCGGGUGAACUGUCGCAUGGAAAAUCGAAUUACGGAAGUGCACAGGUGCUCCGUAAUAGUACUAUUGAUGUCACAUACUCAGCUCAAGUGUGCAUAUCAUCAGUCAGCAGCCCCGGGCAGUAUCAGCACGCACUGGAUGACGUAAGUGGUGUGCCUGAAAAUCGGUGGGAUAUUAGAGCCGACGAUUACGCCCUGAUACGGUUUGGUAGAUUUCUCCAUAACAUUGAAUAUUUUGAUAUUGCCCUGUUUUCAAUGCGACGUGCAGAAGCUACUGCCGUGGACCCACAGCAGCGCAUCCUUCUAGCGCGCGCCUUAGAUGGGCGCGCACAUGCAGUAAACGGCCAAUAUAGCGAGGGAUGUGGCGUUGUUGUCGGUAUAUCUAGCACUGAUUACAGCGCGAUCACCUCUCGUGCCGGCAAGCUUCAAGCAACUGGUGGCUCACUCAGUGUUGCGUGUGGACGGAUUUCUUUCACAUACAAUCUGCGCGGAACGUGUGCAAGCAUCGACACAGCGUGCUCGUCGUCUUUAGUUGGAUCACAUGUAGCGCGUAACGCAGUGCUCACGGGAGAAUGCGACAGCAUGAUAUGUUGCGGCGUGAACAUCACCCUGAACCCGACGACGACUAUUGUUUUUAGAACUGCGGGGAUGCUGGCAGAUGAUGGGCGAUGUAAGACUCUGGACAUGGCUGCAAACGGCUACGUUCGAGGAGAAGGAUCAACUUUGCUGCUCUUGACACCGCACAGCGACGGCGUGCGCGACGACUACUGCAUGUUUUACGCUUCUGCAUCUUCUGUCAACCAAGAUGGACGCUCAAGCUCUCUCACAGCCCCCCAUGGCCCAUCGCAGCAGAGCGUGAUUUUGCACACCAUGCUCCAGUCUGGUAAUGAUAACAGCUCUUCUGGUGGUAUAGAGCUUCAUGGUACUGGCACGUCUCUGGGGGAUCCUAUAGAAGUUGGCGCAGCGCGCACCGUACUUAGCAGCCUCAAAAGAUUGCCAGUCGUUACUUUUUCAGCAAUGAAGACUCGCUGCGGACACACCGAGCCAGCUUCGGGCGGUAUGGGUCUGUGUGGCAUUGUUGAUUGCAUAUUUCGCUUGAACACUCCUGCGCUCGUGCACCUAUGCCAGCUCAGCACCCACAUUCAGAGUAUUCUGAAUCAAGAUACGGCUGAGCGAUGCGGAAUCGCUCUUCCACGCCAGGCAACGCAAAGUGCGUGGCAAUGUGAUGCACACGCCGUAAACCGAGGAGUGAGCGCGUUUGCAUUUCAAGGAACGAACGCACACGUAUCUGUUCGACGCGAUUACGUGAUGAAAUACUUGCCAGAUGCUUCUGUCAUGCAACACAGCAUCGAGUGUUGGAUAUCACAGCUAAGCUCGCGUGCAACAGUCGCUUUAUCGACACUCACUAUGGCUUGUGUUUCGAUUCGCUUCAACGCUACCGUAAAUGCUCUUACUUCAUCACCGUUGCAAGUUGCAUCUGAUGCCACAUGUUUGAUUUUGGAUGAUCGUACCACAGAACUCUCACUAAAAAAUGUAGUACUUUCAACUGUGUAUGCCUCGAAAGUUUUAGAUGCAUAUCUAAAAUCAAAUAAAGUUCUCGUGUACGGGUCGGGAUAUAAAGUAAUUGAUGCUCAAUCCAACGCUAUCGCUAGCACACAUGCUACUGUGCGAGCUGGUGAACACGGCGUCGGGUUAAAUGCGAACACAGUGGCAGCAUACGCUGAUGCAGAACAAGGGUUUGUUAAAUUUCGCGAAAUGCAUGGCGGCUUGUCUUCUGCAGAUAUUCAUGUUGAAUCCAAUGAAUACCAUGAAAAGCCUCAACAUCGUUUGCGAUGUACUUUGCUCGAUACGUUCACCGGCGGUAACUCCGUCGCGUAUGUACGGACUGUUGAGCUAUAUCGACGUUCAUGUACCGUUCAAUAUGCGCAACACGACACGCUCAUGUGUUGCAUUAUACUGAGUGAUCACAGGUUCAAGUACAAUUAUUCACGUCAAAAUUGGUCAACGUUUACACCAGAGGUGUUCUUGCACAUUUCAACUGACUCUGUAUUGUGCACAUCCACAUCGCCGUCUUCAUCUCGCUCAAGUGUUCCAAAUGUUGAAUAUUUGUAUGCUCUUCGCUGGGAGGCGAGCCCGCUUCGAGUUAAUGUUGCACCCAAUGGCGACACUUGUGCUACAACUACUGUUCGGCAUACAUUGUGCAACUACCGCCGCAGCGUCCACAGAUGCGGAUCACUGCCAACCGUUGUGAAUAUUUUGCAUUCAAUUUGUGCGCUCACAACUUCGAGCGAAUCUAAGCACCUAUGUGUACUCAGCAAAUCAGCACCCGUCACAAAACGCAUAUUUCCAUCGCCAAUAUCGAGUAUACAUAAACAUAUAUCCGACCUGACACUAUCGACACUACCAAGAGUGUUUUGUGUCGAAAAUAAAAAUACAACAUAUGCCGUAUGUACGGGAGAUUCAGCUCGCAUACAUCCGUCGGGUAUCUCAAACACCACAGCGCGUCUUCGCCACGUCAGUGCCGUUGGUCAUCUUGCGUUUACGCCGAAUCUAUGUUCGACUCAUUCAUCGCCGGCUAACAUGCGUCGCAACAAUCAAUGUAAAAAUAAUCAAACAGAAGUACACGGUGCUGGUGAAAUUGGUAAACUUGUGUACAUCACAGCACUGCUGAAUGGACAGCGAUUGAUUCGCUUGACGAACCGAAGUGGUCGAUGUUCAUACUCUGUUGUCGUUUGGAACGGAUCCUCAUCCCAUUCAGUAACUGUUGAUUCCGUUGAUAACUGCCACUACUCAGACAAUACAUGGCACAAUUCUCGAGUUCAAGUUAAUCGUUCAUUCUUUGCAUCCGGUGUUCUUCGUGACGCUAUCGCGACGAAACAGACAGCCUAUACGAUUCGUGUCGUCGUGUCUCCGAAACUAAUCGGAUCUCUAGCGAGUAUUCGCGAUCCGACUUCGUUAUCAGUUCAAACUGAUUAUUACUCCUCGAUCUCUGUGCUGCUAGGAACGUUUGGGCAAGUGAACUAUGUCGCUGCCAAUUCUUCGUUAGAUGCACAUUGCAACUACGCACACCAUCAAGGUCUCGAUAAAGUUAGUGUUCAAUGGGGAGCGUGGGUAAACUUGACAGGAAUGAUGAAGCAAAGCGCAUUGCAGCUUGACAGUCUGACUCGAUUUGGUAUUGGGUCAGUGCCCACAAAGGUUGGGAUACAUAUACUGUCGAUUUUGAACAGCGUUAUGAUACAAGAUGCGACCAUAGUGGCAAACAUGUUUCUUUGGGAUAAAUUGUCCAUCCCGUUACUGUCGCAAGGUGUUUCAACGGAUUCAAAGCGAACGUUAUUGUGUACAGAUCGUACACAUCCCAGCACGUUAUCAGAGACACAAUCCCUUGUGUCUGAUCAUGUUCGCCGGGUUCUCGGACACACUAUUGACGCUAAUAUGCCAUUCAUAGACGCUGGAUUAGACAGCAUGUAUCUCACGGAGCUAUCCCGUUCCAUAGAAAUAUGCUUUGACGUACCAUUGCCGUCAACAGUUGCGUUUGACCAUCCAACAAUCACAUCGUUAUCAAAAUUUAUCCAUAAGACGACUCUUCGGCAAAAAAUAGAUGAUUGCAAACCAUCUGCCAAAGAGCCCAUGCGUAUCGUCGUUCAGGAUGGUAUCAUAAGCUCGGUGGCAUGUAUCGCAGUGCACACGGGUGACGCAGAUUGCAAACAUAUCAUGCAUCCGGUACAAUUUUGUGGCGCAAUCGCAAACGGUAUAGAUGCAAUUAGGAAGAUCCCCAUAGAUCGCUGGGAUGUUGAACGUAUAUUUUCUUUCACCGGUAUUAGUAGAAAGCGGGAUUUUGUCUAUCACGAAUAUAGUAGGCACGGCUCGUUCCUAAGACAGCUUGACGUUUUCGACUCAAACUUUUUUGGAAUUGGCCGAUCUGAUGUUCGAUCACUUCUUGAACCGCAACAGCGCGAGUUGCUGAAAGCGUGCCAUGAAGUUACCGAUGUACCAUAUUCAGACAAGAGUACGCGCGUUUACGAGCAAAAAAUAUCAGUAUACGUAGGUAUAUGUACGAAUGACAGUGAUUCUGUGGCAAGGGACGAAGCGUUCCGUGUGAUGUUCACAGAUUCAGGCUGCUCUGCCCACGAUAAGCUAUCAAAUAUUGCGCAUGGUAUGUCCGAAUCGACGUAUGCUUUUGCGUCGAAUCGAAUAAGUCACACAUUUGGGUUUCAAGGCGAAUCUAUCUCUAUCGACUGCGCGUCUGCGUCAGGAUUAGUUUGUAUUCAUCUCGCUACGAGUUCUUCUAAAGUGAAUGUGCCAUCAGAUCCUGAAUAUGCUAACUCCUCCAUAGCGGCGAGUUCGAAUAUCAUACUUCACAGACAAUUAUCAGAUUUACAUAUUGCACGUCAGAUGUUUCCAGCUGAUGGUCGAUGCAAAACAUUUGAUGCUCAAGCGGACGGAUUUGAGCGAGGUGAAGGCGUCGGUGCAGUCAUGAUCUGUACAUACAAAGCCACCAGUAGCAAAUUUAUGCUUGUCACGCUCCUGGGGUCCUCGUGUAUACAUAAAGGCGGCGGCGCUUCGCUCAGAGCGCUUCGAGGACCGGCAAUUGAGUACAAAGUGCACCGUGCACUGCUUGAUGCUAACAUACUACCAGCAGACGUUGCAUUCGUAGAAGCAUCUGGACUAGGUGAGCCACUUGGCGACGCAAUAGAAAUCGGUGCAUACCAGCGUAUAUUCUGUUUUGAAGACCCAUCUCGCACUUCAAACAUAGGAUUUGGUAGUUUACAUACCAAUUUAGGGCACCUCGAUGGUGCAUCUGGUAUGAUUUCACUGAUCAAGUCUGCCCUCAUGAGUCACGCUUUAUUGACAUCACCAUUGGUUCAUUUUAGAAAAUUGAACAAUCUACUACUAGGGCAACAUGCGUGCACAACCGCAGAGAAGAUGGGACACACAUGGAGAGAUGUAAAUUUGGACAAGCGAUCACACUUUCCUAUGCUAAAAGGGCCCACUAGCGGAGGUAUAAUCGGCACGAGCUCUUUUGGUUAUGGCGGUAGUAUGGCACACGUGCUCACAAAUGUGCGCCGCGAUUGCCGGGCUUUUCAAGAACCUCGCCACAGACAAAACGUUCUACUUACCAGAUGCAACGCCGCUAACCAGAAUACUCAUGUUGACGCAAAUCGGUUGACCUUCCAACUACAAAAAUGUAUUUGGAACGAGUUACACAGCUCACUUAGCAGAAACGAGCCAUGUCGACGCCGACAUCCACUGUCAAUGUCAGAGCCUUUGCACAAUGUACUGCGAGAUAUUGGAUUCAGCCACUGUGGGUCUGGCGAAUUCAGAGAGAAUACUAUCAAAGGGAUCGCAGCGAGUGUUGACGCCGCAAUCAAAGUGGUCACACGCGAAACAUUCUCAGUAGGAUUAAGUGCCGGUGAGCGCAUUUGUUUGUGGAUAGAGUCGCAAGUUAAAAAGUAUACGCCACUAACAGAUUCGAAUUCAUGGAUGCCCCGAUUACGGCUCCACGAGCCAAAGGUGAAGGGAAAGAUACUAUUCGUGUUGUCGUCGCCGAGGUCUGGUUCAACUCUUUUGCAGAUGAUACUAAACUCUCAUCCAUCAAUUUUUGCACCUCAAGAACUUUACUUGCUAAAUUUUGAGACGAUGUACCAAAGGUUUGAGUCAAUAUCUCGUGGACACUCGUGGGCGUUUGAAGGUUUGCGUAAAGCUAUUGUAGAACUUCGCGGCUGUUUCGCCGAUGAAGCUGAUAAAAUAAUGCACGACAUGCAUUCCAUGUCAACAAAGAAUGUCUAUGAAGUCCUUCAAAAUUGGUGUGGCGAUCGGAUUCUAGUGGACAAGUCGCCACCUUAUUCGUGGUCUUUGGACACUUUGGAACGAGCCGAAUCAAUAUUUGAAGAUGUGUACUAUAUAUUCAUACACAGGCAUCCGUACGCAACGAUCCACUCCAUGUCAAAAGAAACUUUCAAAUCAAGGCAUGAUAUCCUUGAAAAUGAGAAGUUGCUACAAUUAAAUGGCCGCAAACGUUUGGAGCUUCUAUCUGCAUCCACCAUCGAGCAGAUCUGGAGCCAUAUGGAUAAAUUAUGGGCACGAGGAAAUUCCAACAUCAUUGAUUUUCUGCGCAAUGUAGAAAGUACUCGACAAUUGGAAAUUUGUUACGAAGACCUAGUUUCUGAUCCUACGUCGCAUAUCGACAAAAUAUGCGACUUUCUAAAAUUGCCCUCUUGCACGAACAUGACAAAUCCUUAUUCUUAUAAUAAUGCGAAAAUGUUUGAGCCCAUCGAACCGGGAGGAAAAGGUGCCGCAGACCCUAAUAUUCUGUCGCAUUGUUUCAUAAAUCCGACUCUGGCCAAUGCCUGGAAAGAUGCAGCUUCUCCAGGUAACCUAUCUGAGCAAUCUCAGCGCAUUGCAGCUACUUUGAGAUACCGACUCCCGCAAUGGAAGCAUAGAAAUUCACCUGUGAGUCGAAGCUUUAUUACGCGAUUGAAUGGUAAUACAACAACUCCCAUAGUCGUCUUUCUCAAUGACGUAGACUGUGGAACUAGUUUUUAUUCCAGCCUAGCUUCGUCGAUAAAAUCAGCAGCUUUCGUCGUUACUACGGACUGGCAAUCCUCCACCGCAGCAAGCGUCUCAGAGCUUGCCGCAAUGUAUGUGCAACGCAUACGCGCUUAUUUAGACAUUAACAACGGCGAUGAAGUGAUACUAGUCACGCGUGGUUUAGGAGUGUAUAUCGCUCGAGAAUUCGUGAGACUGUGUGAAACAAAGCAACAUGUAUGCGCAGACCCAUCUUGGCGCGAGCAAGCCAGUGAUGCAAUACAGUCGAACCCAAAAAUACUUGGCUUGGUUACUUUAUUCACAAAAGAGUAUGAAGUCCUCGUCUCGCAACAGAAUAAUUCGGAUGUAGGAAAAAUUCUCAGUUAUGCGGCAUUGCUUGCAUCCUCUUAUCCUGAAGUCAAGAACGAAUCCGCAUCUGUCAACGCAAGUUUGCGCAGAGUAUUUAUAGAGAGCAAUCCAAAUAGUGUCAAUGAAUGCCCGAACGAGACAUUGAGUAUUCUAUGCUGCACUCAGCUCCUCUACUCAUCGCGUGAUCCAUUAUUCCGUGUCAAUCCUGACUUCAUGUCUGAUAUUCCUAUUUGUGUCAUCAGUGAGCUUGAAGGGAUUUCCAACGAGCUGUCUUUAUGCUUCGGUAUCGAACACAAGUACUUGGAUCUGCGAAUAGAAGAAAAAAUUGAUGAAUCUGCGCUAUCAGAUGCGAUCAAUUUGUUGUCGAAAAUGACACCUAAAUAA